GAUGGAAUGAGUGUAGCCGGCGAAGAAAACAGGGCAGCCUCCGGGGAGUCGUCUCCAGCAGCGAGGGAAAUUUGGGAUUUUCCUCAUCCCUGCUGUCGUCGUCUCCCAAUUAGGUUUGACACCUGCUGGCACGGUGUCGAAAGACAGGAAGAGGCUUCCACGCCCUUAGCCACAGCUGGAGAGGUUUGUAAUGGCUACGGGGCAGAGACUCCGCUCAGCCUUUCCCGAAUCCUGGAGAGAGGAGUCCGGAUCUUCCUGGAAACCAACUAGGAGCACAGAGGGUCUGCCUCCAUCCCCGAUUCCCCACCAGCGCACUGCAAUGCAACCUGGAAGGAUCUGCAACACCUGCGGGGCAGAGACCGUCAUCUUUUCUCUCCAACUUCUUAAACGGCGGACAAAAUAAAGGCAGCAGCUAGUCGCCUUUUAAAGAGAGGCGAGCCAGGGGUUCAAACUAACCUGCAAACCAAAUCUUUCCCCCCCGAAUGAGUUGACUAAGAGACGGCCGACAUGCACUCUGCACGCGCUCAGGGGCACUCUUUCUCCCAUGCGCCCAAGGCUGGUUUUUCCGGACACCCCCCCCCUCCCAGCCCCGCAGUGCGCGCUGAGCCCCCGUUUCGCUUGCCAGCGCCGCAUCUCGCCUCCUUCCUCCCGGCACGCUCCCCGGUGCCUCGCCAGCCGUUCCGGAUCCACUCCGGAGCGGCGGGGCGGGGUGUCGUGACUUCAUCGCCGCCGCCCGCCAUUGGCGCCGCGCCUUGUCACUCAAGGCACUUCCUUCUCGGGGCGGAGGGGGGGGGGAAGGCGAGGGGAAAGAAAAGCGAGAGAGGGAGAGAAAAGUUUGUUGGCGCAUCAGGAGCGCACGGUUUCGCCGGUGGCCUUUGGAGACGCGCGCGCAGAGCGCACCAAGGCGCACCGUCGGGCAGGCAAGCGGGCGCUCCAGCCUCCAUCCAUGUGAAACCCUCCCCGUUUUGCGGGGUGGGAGGUGGCGGGGAGACUCCGGCGACCGCCGCCCCGACGCCACCACCACCACCACGAUGGCCUCUCCUCCCGGCCGCUCCUCGUCCUGCUCUCCAGCCCCAAUGUCCCCGGCAGCGGGAGCAGCAACAGCCCCCGAGCCGGCGCCGGCUCCGUCGUGCGCCCUGGCCGGCGCCUCGCCUUGCCACGGCGUCUCCUUCCAGAUCCAGAUCGGGCUGACCCGCGAGUUCGUCCUGCUACCCGCAUCUUCCGAUCUCGCCCACGUCAAGCAACUGGCGUGCUCCAUCGUGGAUCAGAAGGUGCGCAAGGCGAGGGGGGGGGCAGGGGGUUCGCCAUGGGGCUGUGGUAGGGGGAGAGCAAGAGACCUCCGUCGGGGGAAGUCUCUAAAGCCUGGGGUCUGGGCUCGUGGAUGCGUAACUCGUGCCUUUGUUGUUGUUUUAUCUUUACUCCGGGUUAGUAACUCCGGAUUAACUGGAGAGGCGAGCCUAUCGCGGCUGCGUGGAUGCUUUGGGUUGCUUUAGGUUUUGUAUUUGGUCAAAGGCUGUGCGCAGCUCAGUCGGUAGAGAAGGCUUGAGUUCAGGGUUGGGGGUUCUAGCCCCAUGUUGGGUGCAAUUCAGGGGGUUGGACUAGAUGACCCUCGUGGUCCCUUCCGAUUCCACAAUUCUGUGAUUCUACCUCAGUGGUCUAAGGCAAUAUUUUGGAUAACGCGUUAUCCACGUGUUCCCUUGUUGGGUCAUGUAUGCAAGAUAAUGGACUGCUUUGCUUAUUAUAGCGUAACAAAUAUUUUUAAAAAACUGAAAGAACGCCAGGUUAGCUACUGCAGUUUUCGGCCGCGAAUGUGCAUCUGCCUUCCGUUCCUGAAGUUUUGUGCUGGUAGAAAAGGCAGUGAGCAGGGUGUGGGGACUUUUUUUCCCUCUCCGGUCGGUGAGCACUGAAGCGUGGUAAGAAUUACGUGGUACUUUGGCAUCAAAAGGGAAGCGUGGUACAUGCCAUGGAAUCUGUUUGCAGUUCCUCCCUCGCUGCACAUUCUCCUGGCGCUAGUCGAAGCCAGUUUGCUGGGUGGGAGCUGCCUCCACUUUGAAAAAAAUUAAUACAGUGGUACCUCGGGUUACAGACGCUUCAGGUUACAGACUCCGUUAACCCAGAAAUAGUACCUCGUGUGAAGAACUUUGCUUCAGGAUGAGAACAGAAAUUGUGGCGCGGCAGCAGCGGGAGGCCCCAUUAGCUAAAGUGGUACCUCAGGUUAAGAACAGUUUCAGGUUAAGAACGGACCUCUGGAACGAAUCAAGUUCUUAACCCGAGGUACCACUGUUAAUCCAUCCCUGCUUUGAUACAGGUGCCACAGAACAUCGUCACCACCAAGCCUGUGGCAAAGUCUCGUGAGACUGGAUGAAGUCUCGCGAGAUUUCUUUCUGCGCCUUCUGAAGACUAGGGGGAAGCCUUGCCACUUAUGGGGCGGCCCUCCCCUCUCGGUCUGUGAGCAGUUUCUGCCUGGCCUUGGGCUCUGGCCAGCUCAGCCAAGUGCCAGUGGCCAUAGAAUCAUAGAAUCCUAGAGUUGGAAGAGACCACAAGGGCCAUCGAGUCCAACCCCCUGCCAAGCAGGAAACACCAUCAGAGCACUCCUGACAUAUGGUUGUCAAGCCUCUGCUUAAAGACCUCCAAAGAAGGAGACUCCACCACACUCCUUGGCAGCAAAUUCCACUGUCGAACAGCUCUUACUGUCAGGAAGUGCUUCCUAAUGUUUAGGUGGAAUCUUCUUUCUUGUAGUUUGGAUCCAUUGCUCCGUGUCCACUUCUCUGGAGCAGCAGGAAACAACCUUUCUCCCUCCUCUAUGUGACAUCCUUUUAUAUAUUUGAACAUGGCUAUCAUAUCACCCCUUAACCUCCUCUUCUCCAGGCUAAACAUGGAGGCUAAACUGGCCACUCCAGGGAGUGGCCAGUUGACCGGUAGCCGCUGCUCCCUUUCCUUUCCAUUCCGAGCACAGCCUUAGAAGCCAUUGGUGCGCCUUGGUCCAACUGGCAGAGAGCCAGCCUGGCUGCAGGGCACCAGGGCGGGCAGAAGCUAUAAAGUGCCAAGGUGGAGCUUGUAUGGGGGGGGCACCAGUUUUGCUGCCCUUCCCAACCCACAACCAGUGACACACUGAAAUUGCAUGGCUUCCACAAGAAUCCUGUGAACCGUAGCUCUUUAAUUCCGGCAAACUACAGUUUCCAGGGUUCCAUGGGGUAAGCCAUGCGCUUUAUGUAUUUUUACUGUGACCCUUCUGGCCAUGCUUCCCUCUCUUUCGUAUUCUUUAGCAGCAAAAUAAAUUGCAGGCUCCUUGGGGCAGAGACCUUCGGGAGGCGUUGUUUUUUUUAAAAAAGUGCAUUUACUCUGCAAAGGCAGAUGUGCUGCGUAAGAUGAAUAAAAAGUAAGCCUCACAUCUGAAGGGCCUCAGUGUGGGUGCUCUGAUUUCAUUACUCACACGGCAUCGCCGGUGUGGUGAUUUGUGUGUGUGUUUUAUUGUGUGUGUCUGCCCAGCCCUUUGUGUAUAUUGGAGGCUGUUUGUGUGCGGUUCAUAUCCAGCUGUGUGUUUAUCUGUAGGUAAACAUUGCUGUUUGUAUGUGUACGACGUUGGAGGCCUUGCGCACAGACACACUUAGUUUGUCCCCGCAAAGGUCUUUCGGGAACAAGAGUUGGCAUUAGAAUUGUAGAACCGUAGAGAGGACGGGACCCCAAGGGUCAUCCAGACCAAUCCCCAGGAAUCUGGGCUAAAGCAGCCAUGAUAGAUGGCCGUCCAACCUCUGCUUAGAAACUUCCAAGGAAGGAGAGUCCACAACCUCCCGAGGGAGACUCUUACUGUCAGAAAGUUCUUCCUGGUGUUUAGUCGGAAUCUCCUUUCUUGUAACUUGAAGCCAUGGGUUCGAGUCCUACCCUCCAGAGCAGGAGAAAACACUGCAGGUGGCAUUGGACUCCCAUCAUGACUGGCCAUGCUGACUUUUUUUGAGGGGGGGUCACCGGCUUCCCCCUGCCUCAUACACUAAUGUCUGUCUAUCAAGCUGUUUGGCAAGGGCAGGCCGAGUAAAAGAAUAAUAAUAAUAUAACAAAAUUUUAUUUAUAUCCCGCCCUCCCCAGCCGAAGAGUGGCUAACAACGAUAAUGUAACACAGCAUUCUAAAACCAAUUCAUUCUAAAAUCAAUUCAAAAUCAAAUUAAUGGCAACUAUUGGGCUUGAGUUCUGUGAGGAUUACCAAGGGAAGGGGUCAAACUGCUCCUUGGCCAAAGGCCUGGUGGAACAGCUCUGUCUUGCAGGCCCUGCGGAAAGAUGUCAAGUCCUGCAGGGCCCUAGUCUCUUGUGACAGAGCGUUCCACCAGAUCGGGGCCGCAACCGAUAAAGCCCUAGCUCUGGUCGAGGCCAGCCUAACCUCUCUGUGGCCUGGGACCUCCAAGAUGUUUUUGUUUGAAGACCGUAAGGUCCUCUGUGGGACAUACCAGGAGAGGCGGUCCCGUAAGUACGAGGGUCCUAGGCUGUAUAGGUCUUUAAAGGUUAAAACCAGCACCUUGAACCUGAUCCUGUACUCCACCAGGAGCCAGUGCAGCUGGUAUAGCACCGGGUGAACCCCAUAAAGAGUCUCACCGCGGCAUUCUGCACCCGCUGGAGUUUCUGGGUCAGUCUCAAGGGCAGCACCAUGUUGAGAGUUACAAUAAUCAAGUCUAAAAGAAAUUUUCUCUCAGCCCUGAAGCCCACCGGAUGACUUUUUCCCAGCCUAAUCUACUUCGCAGGGUCGAUGGGAGGAUAAAAUGGAAAGGAGGAGAAGCAUCUAGGCCACCUUGAGCUCUCUGGAGAAAAAGCGGGAUAUUGAUCCAAUAAUAAAGAAAUAAAAUGAAGUUGGCAGCCUUUGGGGGAAACCCAGUUUGGAGUCCUUGACUGGACCUGAAUGCCACCAGCUGAAUUUCAGGGCAGUCACCCUCUCCUGGCCUGACCUACUUCGCAGGGUUGUUGUAGGUUGAAAACGGAGGAAGGCCUAUAUUUCUGCCGCCCUGAGCUGUGGGGAGGGGAGGAUAAGAACCAAUUGAUGGUCAACGUGUGUCUUGCUCCAGAUUGUGUUGGAAGUUUUGUUUGCAUGGCAUACUGUGUUUUUCGCUCUAUAAGAUGCACCAGACCACAAGACGCACCUAGUUUUUGGAGGAGGAAAACAAGAAAAAAAAUAUUCUGAAUCUCAGAAGCCAGAACAGCAAGAGGGAUCGCUGCGCAGUGAAAGCAGCAAUCCCUCUUGCUGUUCUGGCUUCUGUGAUAGCUGCGUCAGCUCCAUAAGGCCACACAUUUCGCUCUUACUUUUUAGGAGGAAAAAAGUGAGUCUUAUAGAGCAAAAAAUACGGUAUAUUGAGGCAGCCUCCCCCUGUCCACACACAAAUACGGUACCUUCCAGAUGUUUUGGACUACAAUUCCCAUCUGGCAGAGCUGUUUGAAGUCCCAUUCGCUUCUUAACCCUUCUUUUGACAGCCCUCCUGCUUGGCCAGACUCCCACUGAAGCCAUGUUCACACCAUACAUUUAAAGCGCCCUGAUAUACCGCUUUAAACAGCCCUGGCUUCCCCCAGAGAAUCCUGGGAGUUGUAGUUUAAGGGUGCUGAGAGUUGUUAGAUCACCCAUAUUCACAGAGCUGCAGUCUUCAGAGUUACCUGAGCAGAGGGAAUUAUCGAUAGACCGCUCUGUCAAUUGUAGCUCUGCGAACUCCUGACCCAUUUCAGCUCCUUUAACAAACUACACUUCCCAGGAUCCUUUGGGGCAAACUGUUUAAACUGGCAUCGCAGUGCUUUAAAUGCAUGUGGCCAGAAUCUUGCCCAGUUUUUAAAAUGAGAGGUGCUGGGGCUUAAGGCCGCGCCUGACAGGCCCUCUUUCAAAAUUCAGACAGGCAGAGAUUGGUGAUAGGUCUCUCUGAGGUAGGUGAGAGGGACCUUAACGCAUGCUCAGAGGCACUCUUGUUUUGCAUGCUCUCAAGGCCGGAUGAGGCGGAAGUUAGUUCUGAGCUGUGUGGGGAAUCCUGGCGAACCCAUUACAUAAAUAAAUGUAAAAUACAAAUUUCUAAUCUUCAGGGGGUAAGUACCACUAGUUUCCUAGGCCAAAAGAGCACCACCGUUCCAUUUGUACGAGGCUGACACCUGCAAAUUUGGGGGAACCCCUGGGGUUUGAGCAAUCUUUUUCUUGCAGGGGGAACCACCCAAAAGAGAGACAACACCUCAAACUGAGAGGAAGGGAGCAAGCGAUGGAGUCGCUGGAAUCCUGCAGUAACUCAGCCCUGCAACAUUCUGUCGGAAUCCUGCAGUAACUCAGCACUGCAACAUUCUGUCGCAGUUCCCUUUCGGCGCAGCCGUAAUAUUUACAUAGCUCUUUUUGAGUCCCGCUUUGCAUAAACGGUCUGAUAAUCUUUGCAACGGUCUUGCAAGAUAGGGUCAGGCGGGCUAUCGUUCCCGAAGCGAAGGGGGCGUGAGACUCAUACCGAGAAAAGCGGUUUUUCCUAAGGCCACGUACCGCAUCUGUGGCUGAGAGAUGGGUGGUGUGGCGAUGUUGUGGCUCGCGCCACCGCCGGCCACUGCACUGCCUGGACUCUUUCCCGUCCUCUCCCAGCCGGUCCAGGGCCCCUCGUGCUAUAUAUACAAGUAUUUUGUGUUUCAGCAAAGGAGCGGAAACAGCAGCCAAGACGCUGGCUGCCUCUCUCCCCUCUGAGCAGGAAAGGGAAGUGUCCCUGGUUCCGAGAGGCCGAGCGAUAAUCUUUGGGAUGUCUCCAGGAUGGGAGCGUCCCUUGUCCACAUCCUUUAGGCCCGGGCUGGAGGAAACUUGGAAGCAUCUUUGCCAGGGAGAGUUAAGUCAAGCCGGGUAUUAAGAGACAGGCAAGCCUUCUCCUCCGAGUCACACAGACCCUUUUGCCAUCCCAAACUGCAGAUUUGCAGCUGAUAAACUGUGGAACUCCCUGCACCAGUUUCUAGAAACUAGAGGGAGUGGAGAUUUGCUUGGGUCCUGCAAGCUCUUGUACGUUCUUAAUGUCCAUUCUGGUCUUUUUGCUCCGUAAACUUCAUUCCCUAACACUGGGCUGUAUUCCAUGCUUAAAAAAAACCCCAUCUCAAAUCAGUAAUAUCAAAGUUCCGCCCUUAGGCAAUCUGAACUCUGGGUUAUGCAGAUUGAGAGCCAAUUUGCAUAAUCUUUUCUAUUUUGCAUGUUAACUUCCCUUUUUCUCCUACAUUCAAUUCUGAUUGUAGUUGUCAUGGGGAGAGCAGAAGGCACCUCCUGCUACUACUAAAACUUGCUCAACCACCUUCCCGGCUUUUGCAAUGUCUAUCAGCUUUCUAUGAGGACUAGAAACCUGCUUCUUGUUUGCUUGAAUUGAAGCUGAGGUUCUUGGGAAGCUGGAUCCUGUCUCCGCUGCCACAUUCUGGGCUCGUCUAAGCCCCGCAGACAACUAAACCUCCUUAGUUCAUUCUCUGCGUGGUCCAUCUCUGCAAUCUCUAUUUUAGGGAGGCAAGGCAUUCUGUAAAUGUGAGCCACCACCAAAAAGGCCCUGUCGCCAGCAUCUGUCAAUCAUAUCUCCAGCGGAGACGGGGCAGGAAGGAGGGCUUUAGAAGCUCAUCUUAACACCAGGGCAGGUUCACCCGGGCGAAAGCUAGUCCCUAUGUUCUUCAGUGCUGAUCCUUGCUUUGAAGCAAGCAAAGUGGCAAUGCAGAAGAUGGCACUUUUGAGCAUGUGCAGAAUUUUGGAGGGCUAGGCUUUGGGGAAAUAGCGAGGGGCAGGAAGAGGUUUACAAACUGUUUUUUGCCCUCGGCAGCGUCCUCCCACACACACUUGAAUGAGGCAGGCUUAUUCAGGGGGUGCCCAACAGGCUGAGGAGCAUGUGCAGAGCUCUGAUCUCCCAACAGAGAUGAUUGGCUGUGGGACUUGGGAGGAACAGCCAGGGAGCUGCCGUCGACGUGUGCCCACUUCACAUCUGUUUGAGCCCUGAACAUGCGGGAAGCGAAUUCGAAUCCUGCUUCCCCGUAUAUCAUUUGGGAGGGCCGCGUCCCUACUAUCCAUUUAAAGCACUCUUACCCUGCAUUAAACUGUCGUGGAGAAUCCUAGGAUCCGUAUGUGAUGACCUUGCAGAGCUACAACUCCCAGCACCCUGAAACUACAGUUCCCAGGAUUAUUCAUGACACCUAAAGUGGCAUAAACAUAGCUGUCAAGCGUCCCUUAUUUGGCGGGACAGUCCCUUAUCCCAGCGCCAUGUCCAGCUGCUGUCCCUUAUUGAUGAGGCUUUGUUUGGCUGCUGGCUGGGCUUUCUGUCUUUGGCUCAGAGGGGCGCAGAAGUUGAACAUACCUGUGCCCGGAAAAUCCCUUAUUUUGGCUGCUGAUCCCUUAUUUUCGAGGCUGCUGGUCCUUUAUUUUCAAAUCUGUAAGUUGACAGCUAUGGGCAUAAAGGUAAAGGUAAAGGGACCCCUGACCAUUAGGUCCAGUCGUGACCGACUCUGGGGUUACGGCGCUCAUCUCUCUUUACUGGCUGAGGGAGCCAGUGUACAGCUUCCGGGUCAUGUGGCCAGCAUGACUAAGCCACUUCUGGCGAACCAGAGCAGCACACAGAAAUGCCGUUUACCUUCCCGCCGGAGCGUUACCUAUUAAUCUACUUGCACUGGUGUGCUUUCGAACUGCUAGGUUGGCAGGAGCAGGGACCGAGCAACGGGAGCUCACCCUGUCGCGGGGAUUCGAACCGCCAGCCUUCUGAUCGGCAAGUCCUAGGCUCUGUGGUUUAACCCACAGCGCCACCCGCGUCCCUAAAGUGGCAUAAGAGGGCUUUAAAUUUGAGGUGUGGCUGUCCUCCUUUGGGAAGCAUUUAAAAUCAAAGGGAGAUGGCUUCUGCCAACAGCGGUCUUGCUGCUUUUAACGCUAACAGCUUGGCUACGCGUUGAACCUCCUUGUUGCAAGGCAGUCUACCUCUGAAUUCGAGGUGCUGUCUUGGGGGCAAGAAUUCCUGGUGCUGUGGACCCGCAGAGCACACCCACACCCCAUGUUUCAAAGCAUGUAGUCUCCCCUUAGUCCUGGGAACUAUAGCUCACCCAUCCCAAAACUACAAUCCCCAGCGCCCUUAAGAAACUCCCAGGAUUGGGGUUUUUUUUUGGCGGGGAGCUUUAAAUGUGUGCUGUAGCUGUGACCCUUUUGCCCCUUUCUUCUCCUCCACUGUCUUCUCUGCUGACCAACCACAGUUCUCUCGCACAACUACAAUUCCCAGGAUCCUGGAGAUUCCUGCCUUGCAGCGGGUUGGACCAGAUGACCCGUGGGGUCCCUUCCAACUUGACAAUUCAUUGAUUUUCUUUUGGGAGAAGCUGGGUGCUUUAUAACUGUAUGCUGUGGACGCCGCCUUAGUUUCACCCACCGAGGCAAUGUUCCUGUUCCUGUUCCCUUCGUUUAUUUUGGGAUACGGCACCCCUAUGACAACAUGACGUCUCCAUCCCUUUGUUGUUGUUGUUGUUUAGUCGUUUAGUCGUGUCCGACUCUUCGUGACCCCAUGGACCAGAACACGCCAGGCACUCCUGUCUUCCACUGCCUCCCGCAGUUUAGUCAAACUCAUGUUUGUAGCUUUGAGAACACUGUCCAACCAUCUCAUCCUCUGUCGUCCCCUUCUCCUUGUGCCCUCCAUCUUUCCCAACAUCAGGGUCUUUUCCAGGGAGUCUUCUCUUCUCAUGAGGUGGCCAAAGUCUUGGAGCCUCAGCUUCAGGAUCUGUCCUUCCAGUGAGCACUCAGGGCUGAUUUCCAUCAGAAUGGAUAGGUUUGAUCUUCUUGCAGUCCAUGGGACUCUCAAGAGUCUCCUCCAGCACCAGAAUUCAAAAGCAUCAAUUAUUUGGCGAUCAGCCUUCUUUAUGGUCCAGCUCUCACUUCCAUACAUCACUACUGGGAAAACCAUAGCUUUUGACUAUAUGGACCUUUGUUGGCAAGGUGAUGUCUCUGCUUUUUAAGAUGCUGUCUAGGUUUGUCAUUGCUUUUCUCCCAAGAAGCAGGCGUCUUUUAAUUUCGUGAGUGCUGUCACCAUCUGCAGUGAUCAUGGAACCCAAGAAAGUAAAAUUUCUCACUGCCUCCAUUUCUUCCCCUUCUAUUUGCCAGGAGGUGAUGGGCCCAGUGACCAUGAUCUUAGCUUUUUUGAUGUUGAGCUUCAGACCAUAUUUUGCGCUCUCCUCUUUCACCCUCAUUAAAAGGUUCUUUAAUUCCUCCUCACUUUCUGCCAUCAAGGCUGAAAUAAUAUGCAUCUUUCCCAGCCAGUCUGUUUCUUCAUGUUUCUCGUCUUUCUAGAAUUUCAGCUUGCAUUGAGGACGGGAAUGACCAGAAUUGACUUAUUAGAGUGUUUUCUUCUGUAGAGAAAUUGUUGCUGAAAUAAUAGUGCGUGUGAACUCCUUGGGGCAGAGACCUAUGUGUCUCUCCCUCUGUUUCCGUUCCUUUGCUUUGCUCUGUCUGGUUCCAUGUGCACCAGGGACCCUGCGUCAGCAAUAAUGCAGGGUAUUUUUAAUUUUGGGGGUGGGCCGUGCAGGAAUAACAUUGUCCCCUGGCUCUGGCUACCUGUUGCUUAGAUGCGGGGAAGGCCUUGGGGUUUUUUCCUCCUCCUCCUCCUCCUCCUCCUCGCACCUGGGGCCGCCUUGUCCUGCUCCAUCUUGGCUCUCGCUUUGAAUAGAGGGCUGUUCCCUCUAGCGUGACUCACAAACAGGCAGCUCUUUCUCUUGGGUUCACCCUGGCCUGGCUUGGCUGCCUUUAUUGCCUGCUAUUACUGAGGCCGUUUCCUGCCCGCCAGGAACACUUUGGGCUGCCGGGAGAGGAGGUUCAGGAGGGAAGUGCGUGACUCAGGCCCUUAACUGCUGCCUCGCUGGGCCCAGGUGCCCCAGGGUGGCGGAUUCGAGAGCCGCUUCCUCCCAGCCCUUCCCCCUGCCCCUGCUAUACCUGAGCAUGCUGGGUAGACGAGCUCAUGCAGAGUUUCAUAAAGGCAUAGAGUUGUCGAGCUGGAAGGGGUACCCAAAGGCCAUGUAGUCUGACCCCUUGCAGACCUGAAUAAUAAUAAUAAUAUGAUAAUAAUUUAUUAUUUAUACCCCACCCAUCUGGCUGGGUUUCUCCAGCCACUCAUGGCGGCUUCCAAUGGAACAUUAAAAUAAAAUAACCUAUUAAACAUUAAAAGCUUCCCUAAACAGGGCUGCCUUCAGAUGUCUUCUAAAAAUCUGGUACAGUGGUACCUCGGGUUAAGAACUUAAUUCGUUCCGGAGGUCCGUUCUUAACCUGAAACUGUUCUUAACCUGAAGCACCACUUUAGCUAAUGGGGCCUCCCGCUGCCGCCGCACCGCUGGAGCACGAUUUCUGUUCUCAUCCUGAAGCAAAGUUCUUAACCUGAAGUACUAUUUCUGGGUUAGCGGAGUCUGUAACCUGAAGCGUAUGUAACCUGAAGCGUAUGUAACCAUAGGUACCACUGUAGUUGUUUUUCUCUUUGACAUCUGGUGGGAGGGCUUUCCACAGGGCGGGCGCCACUACCGAGAAGGCCCUCUGUCUGGUUCCCUGUAACCUCGCAUCUCGCAAUGAGGGAACCGCCAGAAGGCCCUCGGCACUGGACCUCAGUGUCUGGGCUGAACGAUGGGGGUGGAGACGCUCCUUCAGGUAUACUGGACCGAGGCCAUUUAGGGCUUUAAAGGUCAGCACCAACACUUUGAAUUGUGCUUGGAAAUGUACUGGGAGCCAAUGCAGAUCUCUCAGGACUGGUGUUAUGUGGUCUUGGCGGCCGCUCCCAGUCACCAGUCUAGCUGCUGCAUUCGGGAUUAAAUGCAGUUUCCGGGUCACCUUCAAAGGUAGCCCCACAUAGAGCACAUUCUAGUAGUCCAAGCGGGAGAUAACCAGAGCAUGUACCACCCUGGCGAGACAGUCCGUGGGCAGAUAGGGUCUCAACCUGCGAACCAGAUGGAGCUGAUAAACAGCUGCCCUGGACACAGAAUUGACCUGCGCCUCCAUGGACAAUUUCAUUGUUCCACAAGGGACAAUGACAAUAAAGAUAUCGUAUCGAGUCCAAAAUGACUCCCAGGCUGCACACCUGGUCCUUUAGGGGCACAGUUACCCCAUUCAGGACCAGGGAGUCCUCCAUACCUGCCUGCCCCGAGUCCAACCAUUGCAGCACCAUGAAAGAGAAUUGCAGAAUAAGAAGACCCAGCUUGUUCAAGCCAGUCUUCUGUUCUCACAGCGGCCAACCAGGUGCCCGUAAUGGGAAGCCAUCCACAUUGGUGGUCAUCACUGCCUCCAGUGUGAGUGAGUUCCAUAGGUUAACCAUGCGCCGUGUGAAAAAGGACUUCUGCCCUGAAUCUUUCAGCGUUCCGUUUCAUUGCAUGCCCUCAGGUUCUAGCGUUAACAGGGAGGGAGGAAAAACUCUCCUCUGCCCAGUUUCUUCAUGCCAGACAUAAUUUUAUAAACUUCUAUCCUGUUGCUUCUUCCUUGCCAUCUCUCCAAACCAAUGGUUCUCAGCUUCCCCACCCCACCUUUGGGCCACACUUUCAGAAUACUGUAUUUUUCCAUGUAUAAGACUAGGUCCCCGCCCCCCUAAAAAAUAAUGUCCAAAAUUUGGGGGCGUCUUAUACACGCCAUAUCCCCCCAUUUUCUUAAAUCAGAGCCCCCCAAAAUAGGGAGCUUCAUAUACAUGGGGGCAUCUUAUAGACGGAAAAAUACGGUGAUUUUUUUACUCCAGCCACACCCAUUUUUCAAUAAAAAAUUUCCUUCCAGUAGCACCUUAGAGACCAACUAAGUUUGUUAUUGGUAUGAGCUUUCGUGUGCACGCACACUUCUUCAGAUACACUUCUUCACACUUCUUUUUCAAUCGAUAGCUGUGCUUGAUUUGCAACCUAGAGCGCAACUGCUUUAUAAGAAAACGAUACGUGAGCCUAUUACAUACGUACCUUAAAUAUCUAUACAAACUCAACAGUAUCAUCCCUUGAUGUUCUUGCCCUCAUUUUGAAAAGAUAUUGAUCCAUUUUUGGCAAAUUAAAAAAACAACAAAAACAUUUUGGUACUAGACUAUACUGAAAUGAUUAAAUGCCACUUUUCUCCGUGGCUGAAUCUUCCUGCCACACCUUUUGAGAACUAAAAAUAAAUAAAUCCCAAAUGCUGCGACCUUUGUUAAUAGGGCAAUCGCUCUGCCCCCUCGAUCAAUCAUUUCCUGGAAGCUUGAUGCAGCCUUGAUCUGAAUCAAAACCGGAGGCAAUGCUUAACACCACCCCAAAACUUUGAACGGAUGUUGUGCCCAACUCAUGGGUGGGCAUCCUUUGCCCUGCAACCUGGGCACACGACCCGCAGCUGGAGAGCUGGGUGGGAAAGCCCGUCUUCGCGCUCUCCUUGCAGCAGCUACGCCCUCCUGCCUGCCCCUCUUGCCCGGUGUUUGGUGGUAAAGGGACCCCUGACCAUUAGGUCCAGUCAUGGCCGACUCUGGGGUUGCGGCGCUCAUCUCGCUUUAUUGGCCGAGGGAGCCGGCGUACAGCUUCCGGGUCAUAUGACCAGCAUGACUAAGCCGCUUCUGGCGAACCAGAGCAGCGCACGGAAACGCCGUUUACCUUCCCGCCGGAGUGGUACCUAUUUAUCUACUUGCACUUGAUGUGCUUUCGAACUGCUAGGUUGGCAGGAGCAGGGACUGAGCAACGGGAGCUCACCCCGUGGCGGGGAUUCGAACCGCCGACCUUCUGAUCAGCAAGCCCUAGGCUCUGUGGUUUAACCCACAGAGCCACCCGCGUCCCUGUUUGGUGGUAGGGUGCCCCUAGACAUCAGCCAGGUGAGUUUUGGGGCUACCACAGGUCCCAUUGCGACCACACUGAGAUUUCUGGAUGCCAGGCUGGCGACUGGGGAAAGCCAAGUGCAGGGGUCAGCAAACUUUUUCAGCAGGGAGCCAGUCCACUGUCCCCCAGACCUUGUGGGGCGCCGGACUAUAUUGUGUGUGUGUGGGGGGGAAUGAAUGAAUUCCUAUGCCCCACAAAUAACCCAGAGAUGCAUUUUAAAUAAAAGCACACAUUCUACUCAUGCAAAAACACGCUGAUUCCUGGACCAUCCGUGGGCCAGAUUUAGAAGGCGAUUGGGCCGGAUCUGGCCCCUGGGCCUUAGUUUGCAUACCCAUGGCCAAGUGUGUCACCUAGAGAAGGGAUCUGAAAUAUUUUCCUCGAAGCUUGGAUUUGUUUUGUUCCGGAUGGUUUCAAUGUGUUGUAAACCGCUUUGAGAUUUGUUCUUUAAAAGACAAAGCGGUGUAGAAAUAUUAAUAAUAAAUUGCAUUACAUUGCAAAAAAAGCAACAACCCAACAGCGCCUAGACCAAGUAUCCCCAACUUUCGGCCCUCCAGAUGUUUUGGACUACAAUUCCCAUCAUCCCUGACCACUGGUCCUGUUAGCUAGGGAUCAUGGGAGUUGUAGUCCAAAACAUCUGGAGGGACGAAGGUUGGGGAUGCCUGGCCCAAAGUAGGCCGAUUAGAUUAUAUAGCUUGAGUUUCUCACACUGCCCCUGUACCUGGAGCUUCCAUUCCUGGUGGCAUAAUAAGACCAAUAUCUGAAUUUUAGUAUAUUUGUUUUGCUUCAUCCCUCCUUCUCAGUCUGAUGAGGAUUAUGCCGCUGUGGUAGGUUGAGGAUUAGAUUUUCAAUAUAUAUAACUCAAUAUAAUGUGCCCUGGGUGUGAGAAGCCUUGUGUUUUUUUUGAAGACAACAUCUAGGGGCCCCAUUUCCCACACCCAGGGCACAUUAAAUUGUGAUUAAUUUGAAAGGCUAAAAAUAAUUAGCUUAAUUUAAAUGCCUGCUGAUCACUAAAUUCAUUCAUAUGCAUGUAGUUUUCCUUCAGAAUCAAGCACUGCACGUUCCUUAAAACUGGAAUUUAUCUUUUAUAAUGCGUAAGGGUUUUUUCCGGUAACUAUUUUUUAAAUUACAGUUUUAGAAAGGAUUAGACAAAAGAGAGAGAGGAAAAAUAUAUAUAUAGGGGGCAUUUUAAGCAACAAGAGGCAACAAGCGUUUUGUAUUGCUGUCUUGUUCUGCAUUAUUUUAGAAAUCAUUCCGGGCUUGCAUAUUUAGAAGUAUCUCAGCUCGAUUUGAUGCUAAAGCUCAGUUAUUUGAAUUAUAAAUCAUUAUGUCCCUUCUAGCUGAUCAGUCAUGGAACAGCUUUGAAUUCAUUUGCAUAAUGGAAUAUAUUAGUGUUUCCUUCAUGUCAGCGAAAUCAUGGCGCCACCUCACGCAUCCUCGUAUGUUUUGUUGUGAACCUCCCUGUGAUCGUUGGAUGAGGAUGGUGUACAAAUUUAGUAAAUUGUAGAAUUGCUCGGGAUGUAAGGGACCACGGGGGUCAUCUAGUCCAGCCCGCUUCAAUGCAGGGACAUUUUUGCCCAAUGUGGGUCUCAGACCCACAGCCCUGAGAUUAAGAGUCUCAUUCUGUACCAACUGAGCUAUCCCAGCAGACUGCUGUUAAUAAUAAUAAUAAUAAUAGUUUUAAUACAAUUAGACUUUUAAACUAUUAUCAUUCAUGUGUUUUUAGCUUUUUUUGUAUUUUGUGUUUUAAUUUGUGUAAGCCGUCUUGGGUGACUGGGAAAAGGGCAAGAUGUAAAUAAUAAUAGUAAUAGUAAUAAUAAUAAUAGUAGCAAAUUAAAUUAUUAUUAUUACUAUUGUUGUUGUUGUUAUUAUAUUUUUUAUUCAUUUUUUAAUAUAUCAUUUUCAACAGUCACUCAACUUAGGUCACAUCUUAUACAGUUUUUUUUCGACUUCCAUCAACCACAUCUGAAAAUUUUCCAAUUUUUUCACUUCAAUUACAUUCCUUAGUUUCACUGUUGCUUUUAAUUAUCUUAUCUAUUGACUCUCUCAUCAUAGCCUUCCUUACAAUAUUUCAUCUAUUCCUCCUUACAAAACUUCUUGCAGUCCUGCUAGCAUCAUCUGUUGCUUACAGUUGCUUUUCAAAUAGUCCACAUAUUUAUUCCAGUCUUCUGAGAAUCUCUGGUCCCGCAGGUUUCGAAUCCUUCUGGUCAUCUUACCUAAUUCUGCGUAGUCCAUUAAUUUCGUCUGCUGUUCUCCUUUCGUCGGUAACUCUUCUUGUUUCCAUUUCUGUGCGAACAAUACUCUUAGUAAAUUAAAUUAUCUUGUGCCUGCUUUGUCAGGGAUAGAUGGGAUUUGCUUUCUGGGCAAAGAGUGUUUUUUUCCUGGGAUGCCUCCACAAACCCCUAUUUCCUGUCACAUACAGCGCAAGCUGCACUAGGGGACCAUUAUGUCACCUUACUCCACCCUCCGACUGUCUAUAUGUAUUGAUUAUUAUUAUUAUUAUUGGGGAUGGAGGAUCAAUGCUGCUCAACACUCCAACAGAUCAAAUAAUGGCGGGUGUGUGCCAACCGGGAGCCUUUGAGGAGCACGUACAUCCUCUCUCUACACCCUCUCUUGGCUUAUGGCUUGGAAACUGACUUCUGGGAGAGUUUUCCCCCCAUGUAAUUUUUACAAUGCGGUCUUAAGUGUGUUUAUCUGUGCCGCUUGGGCUUGCCGGUCGAAAGGUCGGCGGUUCGAAUCCCCGCAACGGGGUGAGCUCCCGUUGCUCUGUCCCAGCUCCUGCCAACCUAGCAGUUCGAAAGCACACCUAUGUAAGUAGAUAAAUAGGUACCGCUCCAGCGGGAAGGUAAACGGCGUUUCCGUGCGCUGCUCUGGUUCGCCAGAAGCGGCUUAGUCAUGCUUGGCCACAUGACCCGGAAAAACUGUCUGCGGACAAACGCCAGCUCCCUCGGCCUGUAAAGCGAGAUGAGCACCGCAACCCCAGAGUCGUCUGCGACUGGACUUGUCAGAGGUCCUUUACCUUUACCUAAGUAUUUGCCGCUUUUUUAAUGACACUCCCCCAAAGCGGCCGCCUGAGGCAGUUGCCUCGCUCUGUCUAAUGGCGGGGCUGGCUUCAUGUGGAAGCAAGACAUACUGAAAUCUGUAGUCAAUCUGUCUAAGGGAGCAUGGGACCCUCCAGGCGCCUUGGACUACAACUCCCCAUCAGCCUCAGCCAGCGCAAUUGGGAGUUUUAGCCUGUGGUGGGUGAUGGGAGUUGUAGUUCACAACAGACUGGCAAAAGCCCGAGAUUGCACAUCUGAGAGUGGACCCCGUGGUUCUUUCUGCAUUCACAACUGCAAUUUCUGGUGGUGGGUUUUUAAGUUUUAACCCUUUUGUGGGUGCGCCUCUAAUGGGUGCCAUACCAGUGCAAUUUCCCCGUGGCUUUCCCCAAAAUGCUCUGGCGUCUAAGGACUCCCUGUUUGAGAGGCACUGAAUUUUUGAAAAGUAAAGAUCUUGCAGCAGUGGAUUCCACAGUUUCCCUGGCACAAGACAUGGCUUGUUUGCUUACUUGUUUAUUGCAUAUCUAUCCUGCCUUUUCUUCAAGUAGCUCAAGGUGGUUCUGCCACGCCUCCUUUACCCCUCACAACGACCCUGAGAGGUAGGUUAGGCUGAGAGGGAUGUUGGUCACCCAUCGAUCUUCAUGGCCGAGUGGAGAUUUGAACCCUUGUCUCCCAGGUCCUAGUCAAGCACUCUAACCACUGAACCACGCUGACUCUCACUUGCACUGUUUCAGAGGACCCGAAGUGAAAAUCUUGUGGCAGUGAAUUCCAUAGGCUCCCCAGGAUAAGGGUCGUUCUUAUGCACAUGGUUUUUUAAAAAAGAUGGUUAGGGGGGAGGGAGCAGGGAUAGGAGCCAGUUCCUCUCGCUUGCGAUGAAAUCAUAAAGAUCUCUCCGCUUUAAGGAGGAAGGAAGGAGGAGUUCAGAGGUCAACUGGAACGAACAAAGCGUUUCAGAUGGGGUACCUUUGAGAGUUAAAAAUAACUGCUGGCAUUUGCAUAGCGUCUCACUACAACCAGAAAGCUUGAAAGGCUGAACGUUGCUCCUUCCCUGAGCUUGUGCGAAACGUCUCUUCUCGGCUGCCUUCCCUUAAAAAAACACACACACACGCCAUCCAUCUUUGCAAGACAGGUGUUUGUCUGCUGCUGUCUGACAGCCUGGACUCCUCCAUUUGAGAUGAGCCACACCUGAAACGUUUUCUUGGUGCCUGAAUAUAUGCGUACGUGCUAUAUUCCUUGCCGCUGACAAGGAAUUACUCCAGGAGAGCAGCAAUCUUUUUAGGAAAUAUGGCUAUAUUUGGAUUUUUGAAGCGAGUGCCAGGAGCGCCACCCCCUACCUCAGAAAGAGAGAGGGUUAAUUGUUAAUUGUUCAGCAUUACAGUGGCACCUUGGGUUAAGAACUUAAUUCGUUCUGGAGGUCUGUUCUUAACCUGAAGCACCACUUUAGCUAAUGGGGCCUCCUCCUGCUGCUGCCGCGCUGCUGCUGCGCAAUUUCUGUUCUCAUCCUGAAGCAAAGUUCUUAAUCUGAGGGACUAUUUCUGGGUUAGCGGAGUCUGUAAUCUGAAGUGUAUGUAACCUGAAGCAUCUGUAACCUGAGGUACCACUGUACAAUAAACAUUGAGAGAUCUUAGAAGUUUUCUUAUGCCUGCACUGGAGAAGGAAAUUAGAACUGCGUCAUCCGCAUAUAAGAGAACUGGGAGGGGUGUACCAGCCAAUUUAGGGGGGUGGGCAUUUUCUUUCUCCAUGUUUCCUAAAGGUAAAGGUAAAGGUAAAGGGACCCCUGACCAUUAGGUCUAGUCAUGACCGACUCUGGGAGUGUGGCACUAAUCUCGCUUUAUUGGCCGAGGGAGCCGGUGUACAGCUUCCGGGUCAUGUGGCCAGCAUGACAAAGCCGCUUCUGGCGAACCAGAGCAGUGCACGGAAACGCUGUUUACCUUCCCGCCGGAGCGGUACCUAUUUAUCUACUUGCACUUUGAGGUGCUUUCAAACUGCUAGGUUGGCAGGAGCAGGGACAGAGGAACGGGAGCUCACCCCGUGGCGGGGAUUCGAACCGCUGACCUUCUGAUCGGCAAGUCCUAGGCUCUGUGGUUUAACCCACAGCGCCGGGUUAUAAAGACUAGGACUAGCCGCCUAAGAAACAGUUUCUAUCCAAAUGCGAUUUUGGUUUUAAACGCAGUGUAAGGUAGUCUCUAUGGGAGUAUAUUGUAUUUAAUUAUGGGGUAUCAGAGUUUUUAGGGGGUCAACCAGGCUGGGAUAGCAAGGAUAGCAGGCUUGUCGGUUUUUGAAUGUCCGAUGCAGAUUUUUUCAAUUUCGUUGUUCUAUAUGGGACAAUGACAAUAAAGAUUAUCAUAUCGUAUCUGCCAUGGAUGCUUUAGCUGAGAUUCCUGCUUUUUAGGGGGUUGGACUAGUUGACCCUUGGAGUUCCCUUCUGACUACAGUGGUACCUCGGGUUAAGUACUUAAUUUGUUCCGGAGGUCCGUUCUUAACCUGAAACUGUCCUUAACCUGAAGCACCACUUUAGCUAAUGGGGCCUCCUGCUGCCGCCGCACCGCCGAAGCAUGAUUUCUGUUCUCAUCCUGAAGCAAAGUUCUUAACCUGAAGCACUAUUUCUGGGUUAGCGGAGUCUGUAACCUGAAGCGUAUGUAACCUGAAGCGUAUGUAACCCGAGGUACCACUGUAUAUGAUUCCAUGAGCUGGGGGAAGAAAAGCUCUGUUUUAACAACAGUUUCUCCAUGGAAACUGCUUGGUGCCACAGGAGCAGCCCAGCGCCUUGCGCUGCUCUUCCCAGGCGCCCGACAAACCAGCUGGCUGCUGGGCGCUUGGGACGUGCUGCUGGCAGACUUUCACUGGCGGGCGGAACGACCUACCCGUCAAUCACGUGGCCUCAUAGUGACAUUGGGUGACUGGUUGCCCCGCUCACCUGUCAAAACCAGCCUGCGGGGCGGCAACGGAUGAGGAUCCAGCCCACUGGCACAAAAUAAAGUUUCUCCACCUAACCAAACUGUCAUGCUUUCGACCCGUUGCUUCAGCCGAGCCGCUGCCCAAUCAGUGUAGCCCAGGCGAGCUGAAAUCUCGUCGGCCCGCAUUUUUAAGACCUGCCUCGAGUCCUGACGCAUCAGUGACUCGCCCCGAAGAAAGGACCAUCUGUCUUUCGGUUUCUGAAAGUUUCCCCGCCUGGCUGCCCAGAGCACAUUGUUACUCACUGGGGAGCAACCCUGUUUGUAGCCAGAGUCAGCGCAGAGUAUUGCUUUGGAUUUUAAAAGUUUGCCGCUGCUGCGAUUGACCUCCGGGUACACAAAGGGCUCGAACCUGAAACCACCGCCAACUUGCAGUCACUUGUCUCUCUUUCCCGUCUCCCUGCGGUGUCCCAGGAAUGAACCUGCUUCUUUCACCGCAACCCUGUUCAAACAGCAUUCCGACUGCGCUGGAGUUAACUGAGCAACGCCCAAGUGCAUUGAAGUGCAUAGAAAGGGGAAGGGUGUCUUAUUGAAAUUAAAUAAAAUGUACAAAACAAGUUAUAAACGUUGGAAACGUGAAGAAAAAGAAGGAUCUUUUUAUCACAUCUGGUGGGAAUGUAAGAAAGUGAAAAGCUUUUGGGAAAUGAUAUAUAAUGAGAUGAAAAAGAUGUUGAAAUAUGCAUUUAUUAAAAAAAAACCCAGAAGCAUUUUUACUUGGUGUUGUAGGGGAGGAUAUUAACAGACAGGAUAGUAAACUGUUUUUAUAUGCAAUAAAGGCAGCACAAAAAUGGAAACAAGAAGAAUUACCGACGAAAGAUGAAUGGCAGACGAAAUUAAUGGACUAUGCAGAAUUGGAUAAACUAACAGGAAGGAUUCAAAACCUGUGGGACCAGAGAUUCUCAGAGGACUGGAGCAAUAAUCCAGUACGGAGAUUUUCAUCAAAAUCUGAGAUGUAAUAGCAUUUAAAAAAAAACAAACCAAUUGUGAUGAUCUGGAACAAACCCAUUGGAGAAGGUAGCAGUGGUUGCCCUGGCCUUGAUGUUGGGUGCAAAUGGGACCCCAAAUCAGUCCAAGCUUCAGGAACCCCAAAAUGUAGGUCCACCACUGCUCCCACCCCUCCUCCCUGAAACCUUCGAAGUCGCUUUUUGCUCACCUGGCGCCCUCCAGAUGUUUGGGACUACAACUCCCAGCAGGCUUGGGCUGAUGGGAGUUAUAGUCCAAAGCUUUUGGAAGGUGCACCAGGCCAGCAAAGCAUGCUUUGAAAAUUCUCCUUCUUUUGAUAUAUAUAGAUACACACACACACACACACACACAUACGCCCUUAGGGCAGUUCACAAGAUGAAAAUAGAGGAUAAAAACACAAAAUAAAUAAUGAGUGCAAAAACAAAGAGUGCCAUAGAAUAUAACAACAACAACAACAACAACUUAUUAUUUGUACCCCGCCCACUCUGGGCGGCUUCCACAGAGACCAAAAAUACAUUAAAAUGUCACACAUUAAAAACUUCCCUAAACAGGGCUGCCUUCAGAUGUCUUCUAAAUGCCAGGUAGUUGUUUAUCUCUUUGACAUCUGAUGGGAGGGUGUUCCACAGGGAGGGCGCCACUACCGAGAAGGCCCUCUGCCUGGUUCCCUGUAAUUUGGCUUCUCGCAAUGAGGGAACUGCCAGAAGGCCCUUGUCGCUGGACCUCAGCGUCCGGGCAGAACGAUGGGGGUGGAGACGCUCCUUCAGGUAUACUGGGCCUUUGAGGCCAAUUAGGGCUUUAAAGGUCAACACCAACACUUUGAAUUGUGCUCGGAAACGUACUGGGAGCCAAUGUAGGUCUCGGCGGCCGCCCCCAGUCACCAGUCUAGCUGCUGCAUUCUCGAUUCUUAGAGUUGUUUUCCCUGGCUCUCCCUAUCCACCUCUGUCUCUUCCUUUUCAGUUCCCCGAGUGCGGAUUCUACUGCCUCUACGACAAGAUUCUGCUCUUCAAGCACGACCCGUCCUCGGCCAACAUCCUGCAGCUGGUCCGGGCCGCCAGCGACAUCCAGGAAGGCGACCUGGUGGAGGUGGUGCUCUCAGGUGAGCUGCCUUAGCGGAAUCGUGAACUGGCUCGGCUGCGGGUUCCGCACGAUGGUGGGUUGGGCUAGAUGACCUUUGGGGGUAUCCCUUCCCGACUCGAAAAUUCUACGAUUCUAAGGGAACGUGCAUUUACUUCUCCUCGUUCACCCCCCUCAACAACCCUGGGAGGUAGGCUAGGCUGAGAGGCAGCGGCUGCCCCCCAAGGCCGCCCAGUUUUCAUGCCCAAAAAGUUUUGGAUUUGAGUUUCUACUGAAAUGAGGCUGCAUGUUGUAUUUUAAUCUUGUUUUUAAGUUGUAUUUGAAUCCAUUGUUUUUAUACCUGGUUUUUGCCGCCCUGAGCCCUUCUUGGCUGGGGAGGGCGAGGUAUAAAUUAUUAUUAUUAUUAUUUAGCUUCAUGGCAGGAUUUGAACCCUGGUCUCUGCCAAGUCCUUUCCCCCCCACUAUUGCUUCCAUUGGUUCAUGGGACUUUCCUUUUUUUAAAAAUUAAGUUUUUAUUGUUAAAAUAAUUCAGCAUUAAUACACACAUAUUGCGAAUAUACAAGCAUACAAACAUACAUUUCAUACAAUCCUUAAAUAUAUACAAACAUACCAACAUUCAGUCCCACAGAUAAUUCCUUUUCCCACCGCCAUCCCUCACCCCUCACCCCACCUUUGUGUUAGACUUCCAAUCUACUCAACUGCAAUUUCUUUCCACUUUCUUUCACACACCUUUAACCUAAUUUCACGCUUCUUUUUCUAUUACACAUUGUUAUCCAUCUUAUUUAGUAUUUCAGUAUUUGAAACGGAACUUGCUUAUUCUAAUAGGAGCUCUGAUUUUUCAAUAUGGUUUUGCAAGUAUCCUUUAAACACCUUCCAGUCCCUGUCUAUCUUCUCUUUUGAGAUCCUUCCAAUUUCUCCCAUUGCUUUGGAUAUAUUGUAGUACUCCAAUCAUUUGGCAAGCCACUCUAUUUUUGUCGGUAUAAUACCACUUUUCCAAUUUUUCGCAAUCAAUAGCCUUGCGGCUAUUGAUGAUGAUGAUGAUGAUUAUUAGUUAGCUUCAUGGCAGGUUUUGAACCCUGGUCUCUGCCAAGUCCUGGUCCAGUGCUGCAACCGUUUCGCCACGCUGGUUCCUUAGCAAAGGCUGGCACAGUCCUCUCUGUCUCUCUGUAUAUCUCUCUCUCCUGGCCUAGAUCUCUCGCUCGCUGGAGGCGGCAGGUGAUGUUUUUUGAAUCCGACGCCCAGGCAACGGAGCAGGAUGUGGGUUUUGGGUACAGACAACCCCUUUCCUCCGCUUGGGGGAAGGGCGGUGGAAGGUGCUUCCUGGCGGAUCUCCUCUUGCACCCGAGGGACCCGGGGCACUUCCUGCCUACCUAGGUGGGGCUAGGGAAGCCCCCCAGAAACAGCUGCUUCUGCCUGGGGCGAAAAGGGUGGCCACAAGGCUCAAAAUCAGAGGAGCCCAGGGUCAUAGCUGUCAACUUCCAGAUUUGAAAAUAAGGGACCAGCAGCCAAAAUAAGGGAUUUUAGUCAACCAGUUAAAAGGGACCAGAUAAUUUUGGAGAGCAGCGCCGGUUUUUAGCCCUUCGUUUCCAGAGGUUGCUGCUCAAGACACCAGCCGAUGAAACACUGCAAUUAAAUAACUACAAGCAGCAGCCACUUUUCGCGCAAAACGAAGUCGAAGCUACGAAGGUGCUGCUGCAGUUCUGUAUCUUUUCUCUCGUGCUCCAUCUGCAGCGCUCAGUUCCAUCAGGCGGGGCGGGAGGAAGGGGGGGGGAAUAGCGCCCGAAGUAAACCCGCAGAUCAGACCAUCUAUGCUAGUCUACCACUACAGAUCUGUGGAAGAAGCGCUUGCGGUCCUUCCUCCGCUUUCCCCCUCUAUGCUUAGCCCUUGGAACACCUGCCCGCGCCUCCGCCGCCUCCUCUUCCUCCUCUCUCUGAACUGCUUUCUCUAUGGUUGCCUUCGCUCUCCUCUCAAGGCUCCUCACCAAUUCAUAGGCUGCCCAUCUCAUCUGGGUCCUUCAGCGGCACAGCCGCAGUACGGCCUAGCGGGAGCGGGCACGGCGGUGACGGGCAGAGGGGAGGCCCCAGGCAGAGACGCUCAGGCGGCCACGAGGAGGAUGGUGGUGGAAGGGCCCGAGGCUCCCGCCAGUCCCGGCGGGGAGGGGUUCCCGGGGGCCGAGGCUGGUGAGAGGAGGCCGGAGGGGGGCGGGCCGGGCAGCCAAGCAACACAGUUGGAGACUCGCUCCUCCCUGGCCGGCAGGGAGGGAGGGAGAGGAGCUGCUUCCUUUGAAACCCGGGAAGUUUAAGGGACAUCCAUCAAUAAGGGACAGCGCUGGGAUAAAGGACUGUCCCUCCAAAUGAGGGACGCUUGACAGCUAUGCCCAGGGUGGGUUAGCCUCCAGCUGCUCCCUCAUUUCCUCUACACAACAAACUUGCAAGGUAGGCCAGGCUUGAAACAUGGCGACUAGGACAAGGUCUCCCAGAGGCUACUCGUUUCUAAACUAUUUCAGCUGGGGCAUGUGGGAUGGGCUCCUAAACAGGGACAGGCUAUCCUGAGACAAGAGUGUCUCUGAGAGAGUGUAGAGUGCCUUGUUUCCCUGUCCGCUUUUAAAUGUCCGGCCUGGCAGCCCUUGAUAAAAUGAUUUGCAACAGCCUCGUGAGAUACCAGGUUAGACUGGGAGUGGAGUUCAGUCAGUGGCACCCAGCUAGCAUCGUUCCUGGAGGCACGAUUUGAAUCCGGGUCUCCCAGGACAGAUGAUUUAACGCAAUGCCGUCAGAUAACCUGCACUAUUCCAGCCUCUCAGUCUAGAAUCUCCACUUCCUCAAGGGUGCUUAAAUCACCCCCUGUGCCUGUUUUCAUGCAAUGGUAAGUCCUAAAGAAGCCUUUGCCAGAUGUGUUGGACUACAAUUCCCAUCAGCCAUAGCUGCUGCAACCGAUGGUCAGGGAUGAUGGGAGUUGUAGUCCAAAAAAAUCUAGAGGGCACCAGGCUGCUGACCUAAACAAACCGCAUUCAGCUGAGAACAAAACCUUGGCACUUUUGUAGACUUUUAUCUUCUCGUUCUGUGGCAGAUUAUCAGAAGACUGAUAACUCUAAGGCGAAGAGUCAUUAGCUCAGCGUUACAGCAUCUGCCUUGCGUGCAAAAGCUUUUUCCACCCCAAGGGCCAGAUCCCCUCCUGGGCAAGCUCCCGGGGGCCAUAUGUCAGGUGGGUGGGGCCUGGGACAAAAGUGGGCGGAGCAAUUGAUGUGCCUCCUCCCUUUGCCUCAUUCCAAAGCCCUUGCGAAGGGCCAGGGAGGGGUGGUCUGGAGAAUGUUCUGGGGGUCCGGCAGUGAUAAUGGGAGGGCUUUAUUUCCCCCCUCCCUGCUUUGAAAUUCCCUAGCUCCACUUUACAAAGUACUUAAAGAAACAACAAAUGAACUGGACUUCUUGGCAGGUUUUGAAUAAACAUACACAAACUUUUUACUGGUAAUAUUUAGAUAGAUAAAUUAAGUGUCUUUACAAUUUUAGAAUAUGCAGAGAAUAACAUGUGCUGAAAAACCAGAGCUGAGGGAAGUUUGGGGGGUGGGGUUGGGAGGGCAGGUUUUAUUUUUGGGGGAGGGGGUAGGGGAAAAAUGGGGGGGAAUGAGGAUGAUGUGUUUUUGAUAAAUACCGUAUUUUUUGCACCAUAACACUCACUUUUUUCCUCUUAAAAAGUAAGGGGAAAUGUCUGUGCGUGUUAUGGAGGGAAUGCCUACGGGUGGCAUGCCUAUGGAUUUUCCUCCUCUAAAAACUACAUGCGUGUUAUGGUCGGGUGCGUGUUAUAGAGCGAAAAAUACGGUAGUUAUGUCGAAAUUUCUAUUAAAAAAUAUUCAAAAAAGAAAAAGAAAAAAAGAAAUCCCCUAGCUCCACUGUGCUCCGUUAAUCCUUGAAAUUGAAUUGCUGCUUCCCUUUUUUAAAAAACCCCUCUCACCUUCUGAACAUGGCAAGAAUCAAGGCAGAUAAAAGAAGGGGCUUAUUCACAUAUGAACUACGGAACUCCUUCCUGCAGGAGACAGUAGUGGAUACCAGCUAAGAUGGCUUUAGAAGAAGAUCAGAUAAAUUCAAGAAUUUGUGGCUACAUACCAUGGAUCAUGAAUCAUAGAUUCGUAGAGUUGGAAGGGACCCCUGUGGUCAUCUAGUCCAACCCCCUGCAAUGUAGGAAUCUCAUCCCUGGCAGAUGGCCGUCCAACCUCUGCUUUAAAACCUCCAAGGAAGCAGAGUCCACAACCUCCUAAGGGAGUCUGUUUCACUUUCAAAAAGCUCCUACUGUCAGAAAGUUCUUCCUGAUGUUUGGUCGGAAUCUCCUUUCUUGUAACUUGAAGCGAUGAGUUCGAGUCCUACCCUCCAGAGCAAGCGAAAAGCUUGCUCCCUCAUCCAUGUGCCAGCCCUCCUCUCUCUCUCUUUUUUUUUAAAAAAUAUUUUUAUUAGCAAUUUCAACAUUACAAAUUAUCAAACCAUAUAAUCACUUACAUUAUUUCCCCCCUUCCACCCCCCCCAGAGACUUCUCUCAGCUCCUCUCUCUGAUUUCUCAGCACAUAUUAUUCUCUGCAUGUUAUAAAAUUAUACAUAUCCUUACGUUAUCUGUCUAUCAUGUUAUCAACCAAUAAAUUGUGUGUAUGUUUAUUCAAAACCUGCCAGGGAGUCCAGUUCCUCUUGUUGCCUUUUUAGAUAAUUUGUAAAAAACUCCCAUUCUUCCUUAAAGUCACAGUUGUCCUUGUCCUGCAAUUUGUAUGUCAAUUUACCCAACUCUGCAUAGCUCAACAAUUUUUCUUGCCACUGUUCUUUCGUUAGGAUUUCCUCAUUCUUCCGUCCUUCUGCUAUCAAGACUCUUGCCGCUGUUGUAGCAUACAUAAAUAGAUUCCUGGUUUUUCUUGGCAGGUCUUGUCCUACAAUCCCUAACAAAAAUGCUUCUGGUUUUUUUUUUUUACAAAUGUCAUUUUAAAGUGCCAGCCUUCCUCUCGGUAUCCUCUUUCCCCUGCUAAACAUCCCCAGCUCCUUCAACCGUUCCUCAUCCGGCUUGACUCUGCCCCCACGGUCAGAGGGAGCGAACACUUCUGAAUAUCAGUUUCUGGAAGUUGUGGGAGAGUUGCUCUACGAUACGAUAUCUCUAUUGUCAUUGACCCAUACAGAACAAUGAAAUUGAAAAAUCUACAUAAGACAUUCAAAAACUCCUAAAAACUCUGAAACCCCAUUUUAAAAUACAAUAUUCUCCCAUAGAGACUCCCUAUACUGCAUUUAGGGACGCGGGUGGCGCUGUGGGUUAAUCCACAGAGCCUAGGACUUGCCGAUCAGAAGGUCGGCGGUUCGAAUCCCCGCGACGGGGUGAGCUCCCGUCGCUCGGUCCCAGCUCCUGCCAACCUAGCAGUUCGAAAGCAUAUCAAAGUGCAAGUAGAUAAAUAAGUACCGCUCCAGCGGGAAGGUAAACGGCGUUUCUGUGUGCUGCUCUGGUUCGCCAGAAGCGGCUUAGUCAUGCUGGCCACAUGACCCGGAAGCUGUCUGCGGACAAACGCUGGCUCCCUCAGCCAAUAAAGCGAGAUGAGCGCCGCAACCCCAGAGUCGGUCACGACUGGACCUAAUGGUCAGGGGUCCCUUUACCUUUACCUAUACUGUGUUUAAAACCAGAAUUGCAUUUGGGUAGAAACUGUUUCUCAGGCGGCUAGUCCUAGUCUUUAUAACCCUGUACCUUCUUCCAGAAGGCAGAAGCUGAAAGAGAUCAUUUCCAGGGUGCGCACUAUCCUGCGCUAUCUCUGCAGCUUUCUUGUGACACCUGGAAGCAUAGAUUUGAUCCAAGGUGGGAAGAGUGUGCCCAAUUAUUCUCUCCGCAGUCUUUACAACCCUGGACAGCAUUAUUUUUUCCCUGACCGUGCAGCUCCAAAACCACACACACAGACCAUAAGUUAAUACACUCUCCACAGUACAAUGGUAAAAUGCCAUCAACAUGUCCUUUGAGAGAUUGUUUUUCCAGAGGAUUCUGAGAAAAUAUAACCUCUGCUGUGCUCUCUUCACCAGGUCUUUGCUGUUUUCUCCCCAGGUUAGGUCAUCUCUCAACUCCAUUCCCAGAAAUCGAAACACCGAGACCUGUUCCACGCACUUCCCCUCAAUAAUAAGUGGCCGAAUAUUCAAUUUACAUAUCCUAAAGUCCACAAUAAUCUCUUUUGUUUUCUUUAAGUGAAGGAGUAAGUUGUUUUUCCUGCACCACUCCCCCAACUGCUCAACUUCCUUCCUAUAGGCCGCCUCCCCCUCUCCAGCAGUGAUUAAACCAACCACCUCUGUAUCAUCUGCAAACUUAAUUAUCUUAUUCCUGGGGUAUUUGGGGGCACAGUCAGCUGUAUAGAGCGUAUAUAAAAGCGGGCUCAACACGCACCCCUGCGGCGUCCCCGUAUUCAUGAUGAGAUCCGCAGAGACCUGGGAAACCAAUCUGACCCUUUGGGAACGGUUCGAUAGAAAAUCUAAUAUCCACCUGCACAAACACGGUGGAAGUCCCAGGUCUAAUAAUUUGGGCACCAAUCUAUGCGGAAGAAUAGUAUUAAAUGCAGUACUCUAGUACUCUGAUCCUGCCAUAGCUGUCAACUUACAGAUUUGAAAAUAAGGGACCAGCAGCCUCAAAAAUAAGGCAUUAGCAGCCAAAAUAAGGGAUUUUCUGGGCACAGGUAUGUUCGACUUCUGAGCCCCUCCGAGCCAAAGGCAGAAAGCCCAGCCAACAGCCAAACAAAGCCUCAAGCGGUGGUUCCCACAGCGCAGCAACCCAGCAAAGGGGAUGCAGCAAGGAAAACCACAGUCACCUCUCCGCUGGGAAGCGCUGAGCAAAGGCGAGUCCCCAGGCAACGCAGCCGAUUUGAUCGGCACAAGGCAUGCAAGCUCCUCCCCCCAGUCGUUCUUAGACUCCUUAUUGGGUGAGCAAUGCAGCCUAGCAACGCAGCUGGAGCCUCCCUCCUCCCUGGCCGGCAGGGAGGGAGGGAGAGGAGCUGCUUCCUUUGAAACCCGGGAAAUUUAAGGGACAUCAUCAAUAAGGGACGGCAGCUGGACACGGCGCUGUGAUAAGGGACUUUCCCGCCAAAUAAGGGACAGUUGACAGCUAUGGAUCCUGCUCUGCGUGCUUCCUUUCGGGGCAUCUGGCCACUGCGGGGCCAGGAUACCGGACUGUAUGGGCCAGGGGCCUGAUCCUGCAGGCCUCUUCCAGUGUUAUUCUAAGCACCUUCCUCCUCCUCCUCUCCUAGCUUCCGCCACUUUUGAGGACUUCCGGAUCCGACCACACGCCCUCAACGUGCACUCCUAUCGUGCUCCGGCUUUCUGUGACCACUGCGGCGAGAUGCUCUUCGGAUUGGUACGCCAAGGUCUCAAGUGUGAUGGUAAGGCUCCCUCUUUGAUUUGAUUUUUUUGCGGGAAGGCGGAGGGUUUUUUGUCUGCCAAGACCUGGGUUGGCAUUUCCUCCAAAGGCAUAAAGACUUAUUUGGAUCAAUUGCCCAUUUUGUCCCUGAAGACCUCUCCCCUGGGGGUGGGGAACAUCUGUGCCCUCCCCAGAUGUUGCUGGACUACAGCUCCCAUCGGGCUCAGCCAGUUUGGCCUAUGCCCAAUGGUGAUGGCAUGGGCGUUGCCAAGAGGGGGGUAGGAGGGACAGCUGCCCCCCAUAGAUCAAGCAAAACAAUAUAAAUACUUAACUAACUGAUCAUGUCGGUUUUGCCCCCCCCCCCAAAUAAAUCCUGGCUAUGUCCUUGGAUGAUGGGAUUUGGAGUCAUGGGCUCCCUCAAGAGUAAUACACGUGUCGAUUUUUAUUUUUUAUUUCUUUAUUAUUUCACUGCAAGAAAACUCUGCAUUAAAUUGUGGAAACUGAGCCACUUUUAAAAUAUUUGCUUUCCUACCUCACAUAUUCUACUCUGCUUUUGCUAGCUGUUAGAGUGGAAAGCGGGGAUGCGGGUGGCGCUGUGGGUUAAACCACAGAGCCUAGGACUUGCCGAUCAGAAGGUCGGCUGUUUGAAUCCCCGCGACGGGGUGAGCUCCCGUUGCUCGGUCCCUGCUACUGCCAACCUAGCAGUUCGAAAGCACGUCAAAGUGCAAGUAGAUAAAUAGGUACUGCUCUGGCGGAAAGGUGAACAGUGUUUCUGCGCGGUGCUCUGAUUCGCCAGAAGCGGCUUAGUCAUGCUGGCCACAUGACCUGGAAGCUGUACACCGGCUCCCUCGGCCAGUAAAGCGAGAUGAGUGCCGCAACCCCAGAGUCGGCCACGACUGGACCUAAUGGUCAGGGGCCCUUUACCUUUACCUAGAGUGGAAAGCGAGGCAAGACUUCGCCCCCCACAAAGGCCAGGAGCCUUCUCUUAUUUGGGUGCCCUGCCAGACGCCCAGGAAUUUUCUCCCUGGCACAUUUCCAAGGGUAUCAUGAGGUCUAGAAACAUCCUUUUAAAAAAGAAACAAAAGGACAGCUGAGAAUCUCUGCUGCCCAAAGAAAAUAAAAUAAAAUAUUUGGUACCUGUAGAAAAAUAACAUAUCGGGGAGAAGAGGACGGGGGACACCCUCUCCUUGAAACAUUAGGUUUGUUUUGCCCCCUGUUAUGUGUGCCCCCUCCUGCCAUCCCAAGUGGCGCAGUCCGGACGCGGCUUGGCCCCUCCGCCUGCUGUUUGGGAGCAGCGGCCCGGAGCGUUCCAGUCUCCCACGCAGGGGCCGCUGCCCUUGGGCUCUUGCUUUUGACCUCCAAAGCCACGUGAGCCUUUGAGCCACAUGCUCUCACUCUGCACCUGCCCCCGGGGCCCUGGCAGGACACGACGCAUUGGGCUUUUAGGCCAUUACGCUGCUUAAUGCUUAAUCGAAAGCGGAAAACCUCACCCUCCCACCAGCCCCUUCCACUGCUCGGUUCCCAUGCGGUUUGCAAAGCGUUUGGGAACGCAGGGAACUGCCUUUAUACUGAGUCACGUACUUCAGUAUUUCCUAUUCUGGCUGGCAGCAGCUCCCCAGGGAUUUCACACCGGGGGGGGGGGCGGUUCUCUUCCAAGCCUACCUCUCCGGGGAUCAAACCUGCAAAAAUAAUAAUAAAUUUUAUUUAUAUCCCACCUUCCCCAGCCGAAGCCGGGCUCAGAGCGGCUAACAACAGUAAAACAAUAAAACAUUCUAAAAUCAUUUCAUUAUAAAAUUAAUUCCAAUCAAAUUAACGGCAACCAUUGGGCUAGAAGUUCUGUGAGGAUUGCCAAAGGAGGGAGUCAGACUGUGCCUUGGCCAAAGGCCUGGCAGAACAGCUCCGUCUUGCAGGCCCUGCGGAAAGAUGUCAAGUCCCGCAGGGCCCUAGUCUCUUGUGACAGAGCGUUCCACCAGAUUGGAGCCGCAGCCGAAAAAGCCCUGGCUCUGGUUGAGGCCAGCCUAACCUCCCUGUGGCCCGGGAUCUCCAGGAUGUUUUUGUUUGAAGACCGUAAGUUCCUCUGUGGGACAUACCAGGAAAGGCGGUCCUGUAGGUACGAGGGUCCUAGGCCGUAUAGGGCUUUAAAGGUUAAAACCAGCACCUUGAACCUGAUCCUGUACUCCACCGGGAGCCAGUGCAGCUGGUAUAGCACCGGGUGAAUGUGAUCUCGCAGUGAGGACCCCGUAAGGAGUCUCGCUGCGGCAUUCUGCACCCGCGGGAGUUUCUGGGUCAGUCUCAAGGGCAGCCCCACGUAGAGCAAGUUACAAUAAUCCAGUCUGGAGGUGACCGUCGCAUGGAUCACAGUGGCUAGGUCAGGGCGAGAGAGGUAAGGAACCAAUUGCUUAGCUUGGCGGAGAUGGAAAAAUGCCGCCUUUGUUAUAGCUGCAAUCUGCGCCUCCAUGGAAAGGGAGGUGUCGAAGAUUACACCCAAACUCUUAACGGACGGUGCUGGCACUAAUUGCGCCCCCGCAAGUGAUGGGAGUUGCCUCCCCAAUCCCAUAUCGUCCUGACCCAACCAAAGGACCUCUGUCUUUGAAGGAGAUAUCCUGCCCUGAGCCUUUCCCCACAUCCGAACAUAGAAAGCUGGUCCAUAUGGCUCCGUCUUGUCUACACUGACUGGCAAAAGCUCUCUGGGAUUUUCAGGAGCCUGCCCCAGCCCUGGAGGUGCCAGGGUUGGAACCAAGGGCCGCUGCCAGUCCGUGUAGGGAAUAGGGAGCUACAUAGCCCCCAAUUCCUCUUCUCUUUGUUAUCAGAAUAACUAAAUUGUUGUUGUUUGUACCCCGCGCAUCUGACUGGGGUUGCUCCAGCCACUCUGGGCAGCUUCCAACAUAAUAUAAAAACACAACAAGACUUCAAACAUUAACAAAUUACGCUAGUAGGAUUGCAAGAAGUUUUGUAAGGAGGACUAUGUGAAAUAUUGCAGAGAAAAGUAUGCAGAGAACUACAGUGUUACCUCAGGAUGCGAACGGGAUCUGUUCUGGAGCCCUGUUCUCAUCCCGAAUGGAACGCAAGACGGGUCGCGUUUCGGUGCUUCUGCGCAUGCGCGUGACAUCAUUUUGACAGUCUGCGCAUGCGCGCGCGUCGAAACCCGGAAGUAACUCCGUUACUUCUGGGUCACCACGGAACGCAACCCGAAUUUGCCUAGCCCGAAGUAUAUUCAUCCCAAGGUAUGGCUGUAUUAGUGAAGGACUAUUAAAAGUAAUAGUGAAAUGUUUUUUUUUUUUAAAUUUCAUGUAAAAAUUAAUAAAUAUAUAUUUUAAAAAAGACUUCAAACAUUAAAAACCUCCCUACACAGGGUGACCUUCUAAAAUUUGUAUAGUUAUUUCUCCCCUUAACAUCUGGUGGGAGGGCGUUCCACAGGGCGGGUGCUACCACCGAGAAGGCCCUCUGCCUGCUUCCCUGUAACCUCACUUCUCGCAGGGAGGGAACCGCCAGAAGGCCCUCGGAGCUGGACCUCGGUGUCCGGGCAGAACGAUGGGGGUGGAGACGCUCCUUCAGGUAUACUGGGCCGAGGCCGUUUAGAAGAAGAAGAAGAAGAGUUUGGAUUUGAUAUCCCGCCUUUCACUCCCUUUAAGGAGUCUCAAAGCGGCUAACAUUCUCCUUUCCCUUCCUCCCCCACAACAAACACUCUGUGAGGUGAGUGGGGCUGAGAGACUUCAGAGAAGUGAGACUAGCCCAAGGUCACCCAGCAGCUGCAUGUGGAGGAGCGGAGACGCGAACCCGGUUCCCCAGAUUACGAGACUACCACUCUUAACCACUACACCACACUGGCUGGGCUUUAAAGCUCAGCACCAACACUUUGAAUUGUGCUCAGAAACAUACUGGGAGCCAAAGUAGGCCUUUCAGGACCGGUGUUAUGUGGUCUCGGCGGCCGCUCCCAAUCACCAGUCUAGCUGCCGCAUUCUGGAUUGGUUGUAGUCUCCGGGUCACCUUCAAAGGUGACCCUACAUAGAGCGCAUGGCAGUAGUCCAAGCAGGAGUAUAAAACUAUACUCGGGUUAAGUACUUAAUUCAUUCCGGAGGUCCAGUCUUAACCUGAAACUGUUCUUAACCUGAAGCACCACUUUAGGUAAUGGGGCCUCCUGCUGCUGCUGCGCUGCCGGAGCACAAUUUCUGUUCUCAUCCUGAAGCAAAGUUCUUAACUCGAGGUACUAUUUCUGGGUUAGCGGAGUCUGUAACCUGAAGCGUAUGUAACCUGAAGCGUAUGUAACCCGAGGUACCACUGUACAUAAAAUUUCAAUUAUAUCAGCAUUUAAUUGUUCUUUAAUGAUUGUCCCUGCUUCCCAUGUUUCUAGCUGUUCUUAUUUUCUUUAUCUGUAAGCCACCUGAGUCCCUUGUCAUUGUAAACAAAUACAUAAUAAAAAGAAUAAUUGAUGAUAACGGGCGAAGGGGACGGCCGGCGGUGCGCGCGCAGGAGGGUCUCAGGGCCGCCUCGGGAUGGCCUGAGGGGAGAGUGGAGCGUCGCCGAGAGAAGGAGCGAGGAGUGGUCGCGGGGGCCGGCUUUCUGGCUUGCCAUCUGCUCAGUCGCUGCCAUGAACUCCCUGGUGUUCCUCUGCUCUCAGAAGGUUGUUGAACCUCAGGUCCACCUGCCGGACGCCGACCGGGUCCAGGAACUCCAGCAGCCCCACGGUGCUGGCGAUGGACAGCUCCUCUGCCCGGAAGUCCCGGCACCUCAGCCGCAGGGCAUUGUAGCUCUCUCCUGCCUCUCUGUGCUGUUUCUGCUGCCAACCUCGUGACCCUGCCAUUUUUGACGCUCCUAAUCUUCCUCCCAGGCUGUGGGCUGAACUACCACAAGCGCUGCGCCUUCAGCAUCCCCAACAACUGCAGCGGAGCCCGGAAGCGCCGUCUCUCUUCCACCUCCUUGGCCAACUCUCAGUCCCUGCGCCUCUCCAUCACGGACUCCUUGCCCUCCAGCUCCGAAGAUCUGGUGAGUGCACAUGCGCCCCCUGCUGGCUGCAUAGCUGUCAAGCGUCCCUUAUUUGAAGGGACAGUCCCUUAUUCCAGCACCGUGUCCCGCUGCUGUCCCUUACUGAUGGAUGUCCCUUAAAUUUCAAAGGAAGCAGCUCGUCUCCCUCCCUCCCUGCCAGCCAGGGAGGAGGGAGGCUCCAACUGUGUUGCUUGGCUGUGUUGCUCACCCAAUAAGAAGUCUAAGAACGACUGGGGGGUGGAGCUUGCAUGCCUUGUGUGUGGCUAGUUAAUGCAAGCUGAGGGGGGUUUUGAAUGCUGGACGCCAUUUUGUUGCACGUGCUGCUGCAAACUUUGCAGUGCAAAGCCAGGCCGGGAGCCAUCUUAAGUUGAGGCUGCAUAGGCCUUGUGGUGCAUGUGAUUCAGAUUCUAUUCAGUUGAACCUCUGGUUACAAAGUUGGUUGGACAGUGUUCUCGGAGCUACCAGCAUGAGUUUGACCAGACUGCAGGAAGACUAGAGUGCCUGGAACAGGUGAGACUGCAGGUCCCUUAUUUUGGCUGCUGGUCCCUUAUUUUCAAGGCUGCUGGUCCCUUAUUUUCAAAUCUGUAAGUUGACAGCUAUGUGGCUGGGAGUGGGUCUGCCGUGCCCGCCUCCCCACCUGGUUCUGGGGCGAACUUGCCUUGGCAUCCCUCUGCCUCCAUAGCUGUCAACCGUCCCUUAUUCGGCGGGAAAGUCCCUUAUCACAGCGCCGUGUCCCGCUGCUGUCUCUUAUUGAUGAUGUCCCUUAAAUUUCCUGGGUUUCAAAGGAAGCAGCUCCUCUCCCUCCCUCCCUCCCGGCCAGGGAGGAGGGAGGCUCCAACUGUGUUGCUUGGCUGCGUUGCUCACCCAAUAAGGAGUCUAAGAACGACUGGGGGAUGGAGCUUGCAUGCCUUGUGCCUAUCAAAUCGGCCGUGUUGCCUGGGGACUCGCCUUUGCUCAGCGCUUCCCAGCGGAGAGGUGACGGUGGUUUUCCUUGCUGCAUCCCCUUUGCUGGGUUGCUGCGCUGUGGGAACCACUGCUUGAGGCUUCGUUUGGCUGCUGGCUGGGCUUUCUGCCUUUGGCUCGGAGGGGCUCAGAAGUCGAACAUACCUGUGCUCUGAAAAUCCUUUAUUUUGGCUGCCGAUCCCUUAUUUCCGAGGCUGCUGGUCCCUUAUUUUUCAAAUCUGUAAGUUGACAGCUAUGUCUGCCUCGAGAGACAAUGGAGUGCGCCUCCAGGGUGAAGACAUGAUUUGCUUUAAACUGUUUUCGACGGUGCGUUUUAAAUUGUACAGGGAAGUUUUGUUGUUUUAUGUCGUGUUGUGUUUUAAUUUGCUGGAAGCAGCCCAGAGUGACUGGGGUAACCCAUCAGAGGGGCAGCAAAACAAACAAACAAACAAAUAAAUAAAUAUUAUUACAGUGGUACCUUGGGACGCGGGUGGCGCUGUGGGUUAAACCACAGAGCCUAGGACUUGCCGAUCAGAAGGUCAGCGGUUCGAAUCCCCGCGACAGGGUGAGCUCCCGUUGCUCGGUCCCUGCUCCUGCCAACCUAGCAGUUCAAAAGCACGUCAAAGUGCAAGUAGAUAAAUAGGUACCACUCCGGCGGGAAGGUAAACGGCAUUUCCGUGCGCUGCUCUGGUUCACCAGAAGCGGCUUAGUCAUGCUGCCCACAUGACCCGGAAGCUGUACGCCAGCUCCGUCCGCCAAUAAAACGAAAUUAGUGCCGCAAGCCCAGAGUCGGUCACGACUGGACCUAAUGGUCAGGGGUCCCUUUACCUUGGUUUACGAACUUAAUCCGUUCCGGAAGUCCGUUCUUAAACCAAAGCAUUCUUAAACCAAAGCGUUCUUAAACCAAGGCAUGCUUUCCCAUAGCGGUGGGGGACUCAAUUUACAGAUGCAACACACUCAACAUGUUCUGCUUCCAAGGCAAAGUUCACAAACCAAAACACCUACUUCCGGGUUUGCAGCGUUCUUUAUCCAAGUUGUUCAGAAACUAAGCUGUCUUAAACCAAGGUACCACUGUACUACUACGACGACGAUUUGAAACAACAUUAAAAACAGUGUAAAGCAAAGCACAGUCAUGGCUGUGGUGCGAUGGAUCAGUCUGAGUGGUUAUUUAACCAGAAGGUUGGUGGUUCGAGCCCACACAAGGAUGGCAUUGCAGGGGGUUGGACUAGAUAACUCUUGGGGGGUACCUUCCCUGAAUUAUACAUGCUUCUUUCUCCUCUCCUUCACCCCGCGCCACUGCUGCUUACUUGCUUAAAACAGAAGCAUGGAGCUACUUCAAAGAGCCCUUUUGCAAAGGGCUUAAACCUCCAUACUCAUCAGCUGAUGAGUGGGGAUUAAAUCUUGCCUUGGCUGCACAAUCCUAUUCCCCACUGAGAACAGGGUACUCAGUGAAUCGGGUGGGUCCCAAACAUAACGCCUCAGGGUAGAGAUGGUGUUCUUCUAUGCCCUGGUGGUUUGCUCAGAGCUGAUCCUUCUCCCUCCGGCUCCCCUUUCUCCCCCUCCCUCCUCACAGACUCGGAGCCUGAUAGAGACCUUCCCCCGCCGGCUGACUUCCUCCACCUACAUCGGCCGCCCCAUUGAGCUAGACAAGCUCUUCCUCUCCAAGGUCAAAGUGCCCCACACCUUCCUCAUUCACUCCUACACCCGGCCCACCGUCUGCCAGUACUGCAAGAAGCUCCUCAAAGGCCUCUUCCGCCAGGGCCUCCAAUGCAAAGGUGAGGAGGGGGGGACGGGACCCCGAGGGAGGGAUCUGGGCCUCCCAUCUGCCUCGGGUUGGGGAUCUUCAGCCGUGGUUCUCCAGGACUUGUUGGACUGCAGCAAUAAAACUUCCAGCACGUUUGCAAAGCUAAGCAGGGUCCGGUGUAGUUCCAAAUUGGGUGGGAGACUGCCUUGAUAUUCCUGCAUUGCAGGGGGUCAGACUAGAUGACCCUCGGGUCCCUUUUAUGAUUCUUUGACUACAACUCCCACCAUCCCCAGCCAGCUUUGCCCCAUGUUCAGGGAUGAUGGGAAUUGUAGUCCAGCAGCACCAAGGCAGGACAUUUGCAGGUCCUUUAUUCCAAGUCUGGCUAUUGGUCCAUUUAGACCAGAAUCCUUUGCUUGAAACUUUUUAACCUGCUGCUGAUCUUCCACCCUGCCUUGCCUCCUUCCCCAAUUCCUUCCAGAUUGCAAGUUCAACUGCCACAAACGUUGCGCGACUCGGGUGCCCAAUGACUGCCUGGGGGAAACGCUGUUUAACGGCGGAGGUGAGUGACGGCCGCUGUUCUCGUUGCGUGGAGGUGGCUGGAGGGGAGGGACCUGGUUUUAACUCUUGAGAUGGGUGUGGCUUAGCUUAGGACCCACCAUUUCAAUGUGUGUCGAUCAUCUGGGUAAGGCUUCUGUUUGAGCCUCCAGAAGCUGAAACGGAAAGGUUAGGUUGGCUCAAAGCUCUUUGCAAAAGUACUCUUUGAAGAGGUUUUUUGUAGCCAAGGAGGCAAAGAGAGGAGAAGGAAACCCUGAAUUGUACAAGCUUCUUUCUCCUCUCCUUCACUUGCUUAAAGCAGAAGCGUGGAGCUGCUUCAAAGAGCGCUUUUGCAAAGGGCUUUAACCUCCAUGCUCAUCAGCUGAUGAGUGGGGAUUAAAUCUUGCCUUGGUUGCACAAUCCUGUUCCCCACUGAAAACAGGAUGGUAAUUAAUUAAUUAUAGUAACAACCAUUGUGUCUUCUCGCCCAUCAUCUGACAUCACCAGUGAUGCCGGCUGAUUGACAGGUGGGUGUGCCUUGAGGGGGAAUAGCCUUGUGGGCCAAAUUGAACACCCAGGCAUAGCAAGAUUGGCCCAAUGGCCGGAUGCUCCCCAACCCUGGUCUACCCUGAUUGGCAGCAGCUCUUUAGAGUGCCAGACUGGAGUCUCUCCCAACCCUACCUGGAAUAGAACCUGGAACCUUCUGCACGCAAAGCCAGAUGCUCUACUGCUGAGCUACGGCCUUGCCCCAAUGAUUGGAGAAGUCUUGGAUAUAUUUUAUUCCUCUCCUAUGACCCUCCCAGAUGUGCAGAUGGAAGAAGCCAGCGACCUCAGUGAGGCCGACAAGAACUCGCUCAUGGAUGAAUCGGACGACUCUGGAAUCAUCCCAGGCUCCCAUUCAGAGAACGAGAUGAGGAUGGGCGAGGACUCGGACGACAGCAAGUCCCGGGGGUGAGGAAGGGCCAGCCCUGAAACCACAGCUUCAUUUUCUUUCCUUGGGUCCUGUAUGGGGUUUCCCUUCAUGGCUGGAUCCAACCUUUCACUCCCCUUACAGAAGCUGCAAUGUUUGUUAACGUUCCGUUGCUGCUGAUCUGGCACUGAGAAUGAAUGGCUUUCAUGGUCUAGAUUUCUUCACAAGGCUAUAAAGCAAAGAUAACUCGCAUCCUCUCUCGAAAAGGUUUCUCAGUUUCCCCGUCCACCUCUCCCAUGAUUUCAUUACACUUUCCCCCCUUUUUUUCCUUCAAAAGGAAAAGUUCUCUAGCACAACCUCUGUCCUCUACCAGUGCUAAGACUACAAUUCCCAUAAGAACAAACUGGGGGUGAUGGGAGUUGUAGUCCAAAAUAUUUGGCAUAGCAAUUUCUCCCCUGGCGUUCCCAAGAAUCCCAUUUUUUGUAGUAUUUUAUUUGUUCAUGUCCAUUAUAAAAAUGGUUAUUGAGGCUUGGCCCUAGAGUCCCCCUUUUCCUCUACGCUCGUACUGCCGGUGACGCCAGAGGGCUUUGUUGACAUAAGACUCAGAGACCUGGGUUUGUAGCCGCCAAGCUCACUAGGUGACCGUGAACCUGUCACCAAUUCUCAGGCUUAACACUACCUUACAGGGUUGGGAGGAAGAUAAACUGAGGUGGGGCAAAUCUCACACAUGCCACCCAAACCACCUUGAAGGGAAGCUCAAUAGGGUGACUGUGGGCUUGUCACCAUUUCUCAGGCUAGCCUACCUCACAGGUUUGUUAGGAAGACAAAAUUGAUCAUUUGGUCAGGGAGAAGACCAAGAAUAAAACAUAAGGUCUUAAUAGAUACUAAGGAAAGGGGAGGCUUUGGUCUCCCCGACUUAAAAUUAUACUAUGAGGCUGCUUGCUUCUCAUGGAUGAGGGACUGGUUCCUUUUAAGCAAUAUGGAUGUAUUAGAUAUAGAAGGGCAUGACAUCCAAUACGGGUGGCAUGCGUACUUAAAUUAUAGAGUACAUGAGAGUUUUACAUAAGAACAUAUAUAGAGUACAUAAGAGUUGGAAAUUAUAUUAUAAUAUGCCCUGUAAUGUAAUGUGAUAAUGUAUACAUACGUGACAUAAGAACGUUAAUUAAAAAAAAAAAAAGGAAGACAAAUUGGGGUUGGGGAAACAUUCACGGUAUGAAGGGCAGGAUAAAAAAAUUUGAGGAACAGUCAUUAUCUCCAAAUCCUCACCUCCUGCUUUCAUGGCAUAGCUUUAGGCACCAGGCAAAAAUGUUUUUCUUCAUUCAGGUGUGUUUAUUAUCUUGUAUUUUUAUGUUGCGGACACCCUUGAGGUUUACGGAUGAAGGGAGGUAUACAAAUUCAAUUAAAAAAAAAGUUCUAUUGCCUUUUAACUGUGGGUGGGAGGGAGGAGUUACUGUUUUGCUUUUACUUGUAUUUUUCUUUUAUGGUGUUUUCAUUUUGCAUUUUUGCCUUGUGAACUGCCCUGUGGUCUUCAGACGAAAGGCGGAACACGAGUUCAAUAAAUAAUUGUUUAAAAAAUCCCGAGGGGCUUCCCAUGAGCGCACGCAUCCAGUUUUAGUUGCAUCUGUUGUGGCCCUUUCCCCGCUCCCUGCGCUUUCAGACCCACCAAAUUUAAAGCGCACCUGCUGCCUCUUCUUCCAGAUCCAUGGGCUACAUUCCCCUGAUGCGAGUGGUCCAGUCGGUGCGGCAAACGACCCGCAAGUCCAGCACGGCUCUGAAGGAAGGCUGGGUGGUUCACUUCAGCAACAAGGACACUCUGGUGAGUUGGAGGUGUGGGGAGAGUGGGGUGAGACUGGGGUGGGUGGGCAUUGAGGCUGGGCCUCUGGAACAAACCCCAGCCUCUGAGUACCGCGCGGAAAUGAGGGCAGUGGAUUGAUUUUAUUUCAUAGCACCAUCAGUCAUACGCUUGCUUGUGCUUACCCUUGCUCCUCCAGGUUUUGUAAGCUCCUUGGGGCAGGGGCCUUUCUAUUAUUCAGAAGAUUGCUCUCUCUCUCUCUGCUUCUAGCGAUGGAGCGAUGCAAGCAAGAAGAGUUGGCGCCUUCCUUUCCUGCUAAUUUCUCUGAUCUUGAUUAUUGUUACUUAUUUAUUUCUUGCCCCCACCUUCAUCCGAAAAAGAUCCCUUAGUGGCUUACACAUAGUCAACCAAGAUAAAUCCCUACCUGCAGGCUUACAAUCUUAAAAAAAAAAAACAACCAAAAAAGGACAUGGCACGUAAGGAAAAAGAGACAGGGAGGGAAGAGGAAGAUCAAAAUCGAGACUUGGGUACCAAUUUCUAAACAGCUGUUCCUAUAAUCACCAGUUGGCAUAGUUCAGGGUAAGGAGGUGACUGGUGGAGCUGAGCUAAGAUAAAAGAUAAAACUUUAUUUGCAUUAGCCAACGGCUAUAGCAACAGUAAAACAUUACAGUAUAUGCAGAAAAGGAAGUUUGAUCUAAAAGCACAAUUUAAAGUCCUGAAUCAGCCGUCAGUGGCCCUUAUUCUGAUUGCCCCUGCUAUGGACCUAGCAACCUUUGCUGUUAUCUGCUCAUUUUGAUCUGAUAGAAGAAAGGGCAUUGUGGCAGUGGUUGAGCGCCCUGGGAUGGUUAGUACGAGUGGGGUGAUGAUCUCAUUCCUCAGGUCUUUGUAGAGAGUGCAAGAGAGGAGGACGUGUGCCGCUGUUUCGGUGCUACCGUCUCCACAGGGGCAAAGACAUCUCUCAGGCGGGGUCUUUUGGAAUCGACCCUCAAGUACCGCAGAUGGCAAAACAUCCAGUCUUGCAAGUGUAAAAGCACGUCUCUAUUUUGGGAUAAUAAGUUUGUACAGAUAUGGAGCCAGAGAAUCAAAACGGAGAGGUGGAAAAUGAACAUACCAAGGGCAGAAUUUCCUUAUAGUGUCCAGGUUGUUCUGAUGCUCGAUAUCUUUUAGACAUUGACCAAUUAGACUGUUUACUUUAGUAGGGCCCAUAGUGAGUCGGUGUUGUGGGGAUAGGCCACAAGGGUGAAGUUUUUGAUGGACGGUUUUAAGCCAGGCACUUUUAUGGGAGUCUUGAAGUACUAGGGAUAGCUGAGCUUUUGGACGAGCUGAUGAAGUGAGCCCUGCUGUAUAACCCACAUUCCCUCUUGGUUGCUCUAGGGGGCGGUACCCAGAAUUUCAUUAAAAUGCAAUGCAAUGAAACCUAAAAUAAGAGCCUCAUAAAACAGCAGGCAUCUUAAAACGGCCAUCUAGCAGCAGAGAAACCAAUUAUUCACCUCCGUAGGCCCGUGAGGGAAAAGAUAACGUUGCAUCUUGACGUCACAGAUCUGAGAACAUGGUGGGGGACAACUGUCUCCCAAAUGGGAGGGACUCCUACGUCCGGGGUGCCACCUCAGAGAAGGCCCCGCUCCGUGCUGUUCCACAGCAGACCUUAGGUGCUGUUGGAGCUGCAAACAGAGCCCCUCCUGCAGCUCUUUGCAUGUAGGGCGGCAGAUAACCGGAUGGCGCAUGUCAGUGUAUGGAAUUAAUGCUCUGUGUGUGUAAGUAUGAGUGUGAAAGUCUUGCAUUGGGUCCUCAGGAUGCUUUUAAAGCCUCCUUCAACCCCUGGAAUGCCAUGACCUGUAAAAACACUUCUUUUCUCUCUUCCCCAUUCUGCAGCGGAAACGCCAUUACUGGCGACUGGACAGCAAAUGCCUCACUCUCUUCCAAAACAACACCAGCAGUCGCUACUACAAGGUAAAUUGGCCAUCCCCUAAUAUUCAGGGUCCUCAGUGUGGAUGAGGAUGAGGAAGCUGGAGCGGGGGGAGAUUUAUGGGCGGCAACUGCCCUCUUGCAAAUAUUUCUGAAGCUGAGCCAAAUGUCCUAAGGGGGAAGAAAUAACUCUGCCUGCAAGGAAGGCUCGGGGGGGGGGGGCAAAGGUUUGAUUGAUCCACAGCUGUGGGGCUCUUGGGAGUUGUAGUUCCAAACAUCUGGAGGGCACCAGGUUGGCAAAGCCUCCCCACCUCUUCUUUGCUCCUCCUUUGCGGUCCGAGACGAUAGUGCAGUUGCAAAUUCAGAAAUUUGCAUGAUAGUCACAUCUGCUCACAGCCAUGCCUCUUCUAAGAUUAUGUGAUAAUCUUAUAAUUAUGCAAUUAUAAUUAUAGUUAGGGAGGCAUUGCAACGAUCGAUGCAUCUCUCCCAAACUGCAUCUUUCAGCCAGAUCUGCUAUUUUCUGUGCAUUUACAUGGGCAGACGAUUAGGAGUGCUCCAAUAUCUUCUUUUGGAGUGGCUUGAGUUGUGUUUUCCAUUGCACAUAGAAUCAUAGAAUGAAGAGUUGGAAAGGGACCAUGAGGGUCAUCUAGUCCAACCCCCUGCGAUGCAGUUUGGUGGUUUUUUUUGCCCAGUGUGGGGCUCAAACCCAUAACCUUCAGAUUAAGAGUCUCAUGCUCUACUGACUGAGCUAUCCCAGAGCCACAUAAAAGAACAUGCGCCGUUCUCCUGAACGCCUUGUGCUUUCAUUGCUCCUAAAUACCCACCGUGGCUCAAAAGCUCCCCUUUCACGCUCUAGGGGUGCUGGAGACAGGGACCCCACAGCAGAAAUAGUUGUGCGUCUUUGUCCCCCACCUCCGUGACCCUGGACCAUGACACCACUGGCCCUAGAUUGCAGCCAAGAUGGCAUUCCCUGCCGCUGACCAACAGAUGCGCUGAAGUGAAAGCAGGAGACUUUGCCCUUGCUCUGGCUUGGCUUAAUGACUUCAUCACUUAGCGCAGCCUUUCUCCACCUGUGGGUCCCCAGAUGUUGUUGAACUACAACUCCCAUCAUCCCUAGCUAGCAAGGCCAGCGCUCAGGGAUGAUGGGAGUUGUAGUCCAACAGCAUCUGGGGACCCGCAGGUUGAGAACUGCUGACUUAGCAUCAGAUGGGAUGCGUGGUGUUCUCAUGAAAUCAGCUUAGGGCGAGGAAACCAUGAAAGAAGAUUGCAGUAUUUGGGACUUCCUAGUUUGGAGAAAAGGGAUGCGGGUGGCGCUGUGGGUUAAACCACAGAGCCUAGGACUUGCCGAUCAGAAGGUUGGCGGUUCAAAUCCCCGCGACGGGGUGAGCUCCCAUUGCUCAGUCCCUGCUCCUGCCAACCUAGCAGUUCGAAAGCACAUCAAAGUCAAGUAGAUAAAUAGGUACCACUCCGGCGGGAAGGUAAACGGCGUUUCCGUGCGCUGCUCUGGUUCACCAGAAGCGGCUUAGUCAUGCUGGCCACGUGACCCGGAAGCUGUACGCAGGCUCCCUCGGCCAGUAAAGCAAGAUGAGUGCCGCAACCCCAGAGUUGGCCACGACUGGACCUAAUGGUCAGGGAUCCCUUUACCUUUACUUUAGAGAAAAGGCAAGAAAGAGGCAACAUGAUAGAAGUUCAUCACGUUAUGCCUGGCAUGGAGAAAUCCAUCUGAACGCCAGUUGCUGGGAAUGCCAAGAGGGGAGAGUUGUUGGUCUUCCCUGAUUGCCAUGAGAUCAGGGGCUGAGCAAUGAAGGCUGAUUUCCAUUUCCUUUUCCUGUAGGAGAUUCCGCUCUCGGAGAUCUUGGCCGUGGGUCCGGCCCAGGACUUCUCCCUGCUGCCUUCGGGCGCCAACCCUCACUGCUUUGAAAUCAUCACGGCCAAAGCCACCUACUACGUGGGGGAAAGCGGCGCCCCCAGCAACCACCAGCAUGCCGGGGACAGCCUGGAGAACGCCAGGACGUGGGAGAACGCCAUCCGGCAGGCCCUCAUGCCGGUCGUCCUCCAAGGGGCUCCGAGCGCCCAAGGAGAGGCGCCCCACAGUGAGUGUCUGUCCUGGACUGGUUGGAUGCAGAGGGAUGCUGGGAGGUGCCAGCUGGGGAACCCCCGAGGGAAGAAGGCUCAGUGCCCAGGGAGUGGUGGUGGGAUGACAAUGAGUAGUCAGAGGGAGAAGACCGGGAGGAGGAGGUGUCAGAAGCUGGAGAGGUCACAGGAUUUAGUGAGCAGGAAGAGUCGGUGGCAGAGAGCAGUUCAGAAUCGGAAGCAGAAGCUGGAGAGGAGGGAGGCCGAAAGGCAGAGAUAGGCUGGUGAAGGGGCCAGGGGGUCUCCCCUCCCUGCUGGUCUCCCAGAACCCAAAGAGGUAUGAAGAGGCAGAUCAAAGACAGUCAAGAUGGUGGUGCCUCAGAUUGUUUGGGAAGCUAUCAGGGAAGGAAGAACUUCACUACGGUGAAUUACCGUAUUUUUCACUCUAUAGGACACACCCAAACAUAAGAUGCACCUAGUUUUAGAGGGGGAGAACAAGAAAAAAAAUUCUCUCCCUCUCUGCGCAGCGCCCCUUCAGCAAAGCGGCAGGAGAAGCGGAGCCCCUUCCAUUUCUCCUCCCGCUUCGCUGAAGGGGCGCUGCGCAGAGAGGGGAAGCUGCGCAGCGCCUCUCCAGCAAAGCAAAGCCAGGAGAGCAAGAGGGAUUGGUGCGCACUGAUCCCUCUUGCUCUCCUGGCUUCAGCGAAAGCAACGCAAAGCCAUGGAGCCUGCACUCGCUCCAUAAGACGCACACACAUUUCCCCUUAAUUUUUGGAGGGGGAAAAGUGUGUCUUAUAGAGCGAAAAAUACAGUAACUUCACCUACUCCAUGUGAUUUACUCGCUUCUGACAGUGUCCAACCCAUGCCUCCCCCCUCACACGCAGAAGUGGGGACCUUUAACCCCCCAGAUGCCCAAUUGCGCCCUUCCAAGCCUCACUCUCUGGCCCCAGUCCAUGAUAUCUGGAGAGCCCCAGACAGUACUGGCCUAGGUGGGCCUUGUAGGGACGCGGGUGGCGCUGUGGUCUAAACCGCUAAGCCUCUUGGGCUUGCCGAUCAGAAGGUUGGCGGUUCGAAUCCCAGCAACAGGGUGAGCUCCUGUUGCUCUGUCCCAGCUCCUGCCAACCCAGCAGUUCGAAAGCACACCAGUGCAAGUAGAUAAAUAGGUACCACUGCAGCGGGAAAGUAAACAGUGCUCUGGCUUCUGUCAUGGUGUCCUGUUGUGCCAGAAGUGGUUUAGUCAUGCUGGCCACGUGACCCAGAAAGCUGUCUGUCCCUCGGCCUGAAAGCAAGAUGAGCGCUGCACCCCAUAGUCGCCUUUGACUGGACUUAACCGUCCAGGGGUCCAUUAUCCUUUUACCUUACCCAGGUGGGCAUUGUCCCCUGUACAGCAUUGGCAUGUGAUACAUCGGGAGAUGGGCUCAGCCCUGACUUCUACCUUCUGCCUUCCUCUUUCCAGGGCAAGCGUCAUUACGAAUUUCUGUGUCCAACAGCCAGAUCCAGGAGAACGUGGUGAGUUCUGGGAGCACUGGGUCUCCAGGUCUCCUUGCCUGCUCCUUCUCCUUGCCUGCUCUUCACCCCUAACUUUGGUUUGGGGGGGUCCUUCGCCCACAAAAGUUGCUUUUUUAAAACAAAACACAAUCCAUUUGUACAACUGCAGGAUAUCGCCACCGUCUACCAGAUCUUCCCGGAUGAAGUUUUGGGCUCUGGGCAAUUUGGCGUCGUCUAUGGAGGUGAGUUAAGAACUUGGCUAGACACUCUUUCCCUGAUAUGAGUCUACCUGGAGCAGUGAUGCCAUAACACCUCUCCACCUCUAGAGGGCGCUGGUUGCUAAUCUAGUCUGGCCUCUUAAGCAGAUUGGCGCGAAUCCCACCGCUCUGGCCACCAAUUGUGGCGGAUCCGAAACUCUAUAACCACUGCAGGUUAUCUCACUUUUUUGCGUGAGGUAAAACUUUGAUGCUUGGAGACUCAGGCAGAAGGUGAACCAAUAAAAAAAAAAGGUUUAUUUGAUGGAGCAAAGUUGGCAAAAUCAAGUUCUUUUAGGAAACAGUUAACUAAUUUAUAAUUAUACUAAAUCUACUGGCUUCUAUAGUAAACACACAGCUUCUUUUAAGCUUUGAUUGCUUAUUUUCAGUUGUUACUCUUCAGUCACAUGUUGCAGGUUUCUAGAUGGUAAAUGCUCAGUUUAUUUCGAGUUAUUUCACUUCGGUUCCUUAACUCAUAGGUGUUACAGCUUAUUACUUUGGAUCUUAAACAAGGUGGUACUUUCUGUCAAGUUCCCAGUCUUCUACCAAUCGGAUCACCGCAUCUUUUUUUUCAUAUAUAUUGUUUUAUUUUCCUCUGCAAUUUUGGUGCCUUUUUCUUUUCUUCUUUGUAUCACUUUAUUUCUUCAUAACUGAAAAAUGUUCGAUAAAAUAUUCAAGCCAAGAUCCGUCCUAACUGGAAGGAGACCCAAGGAGACUUUGUCCUCACAGCUUCUACUUCUCCUUGUUCAAACUCAGCCCUCCAGUUCACUCCUGUCUAAAUGCCCUCGCAAGACACCAAACACUGUCCUCCUAUGUAAACUCAGAAAUAUUUUCCUCAGAGUGGAUGUUCCACACACAGACCUGAACCAAACUCUCCUCUCCUUCCCGCUCUCUCUUAAACCCUCUGAAAACUCCCCCAGAAACGGCUCCUUUUAUUUUCCCUCCCAAAGUGCUGGCUCCACCCCCUUCUGACUCACUGUCUUGGUAGCCAAUCAGAGAGAGGCUACAGCCCUCUGGUGGAAUUUCAGAGUACUGCCACGACAGCAGCCAGGAUUAUUUGUGCUUAUUAAAAUGGAAAUAAGAUUCUGUACUCGCCAAGGAGGAAUGCCAGACUAAAUUAAUGGAUGCCGAAAUGGCAGAACUUACAGGAGCAAUAAGGAACCGAGGGUGGGGUGGGUGGAACUUUUAUAAAAGAUGAGAGAAAAGUCAUGGAUUAUCUGAAAUGUCGUUGUAUACAUAAAAGUUCUUUAGCAGGAUUAAAAAUGGUUAAAAUUAAUGUUAAAAGAUAACUAGGGAGUAAUUAUUAAUUGGAGUAACGAAGGAGAUGCAUUAUUGUAAAUUAAAAAAUGUAAGAAACUGCAAAAGGAGGGGGAGAAGUUAAAAUACAUAUAUUUGUUGGAAAAUACAGUGGUACCUCGGGUUAAGUACUUACUUCGUUCCGGAGGUCCGUUCUUAACCUGAAACUGUUCUUAACCUGAAGCACCACUUUAGCUAAUGGGGCCUCCCGCUGCCGCCGCGUGAUUUCUGUUCUCAUCCUGUAGCAAAGUUCUUAACCCGAGGUACUAUUUCUGGGUUAGCGGAGUCUGUAACCUGAAGCGUAUGUAACCCCAGGUACUACUGUGCUGGACUGUAUUUAUAUCAAAAUAUUUCUGAAAAAUAAAAUUUAUAUAGAAAAAGGAAUUUCGAGGGACUCCUUGUAUCACCAGACUCUGGUCUAGCUCAGCUGUCCGUCACACAGAGACAGCCAGGUGUUAUUGGGCUCGGACUCCCACCGUCAUAGCCCAUAGGGAUGAUGGGAAUUUUAGCCAUCAUUUCUUUUGUGGGGCGGCUGCUGCUGACUUAAACCCAAUGGUUGGGCCGGUACCUUCUGCCUUCUGUCAGCCAGCAACGGCCCCUUCCUAAAAUGUUGGCUUCCCUUCUUGACGCCCCCAGGCAAACACCGGAAGACAGGCCGGGACGUAGCGGUGAAAGUGAUUGACAAGCUCCGCUUCCCCACCAAGCAGGAGAGCCAACUGCGCAACGAGGUCGCCAUUUUGCAGGUGAGCGAGUGGCGGCGGCCAUUUUGUGGGUCUUGUCGCGGGAGGGCUGGUGGGAAAAGGGGUCCCUUAAGUCCCUCUGAGCCUCAUCCUGACACCUCACCUUGUCUCUCUUCUUCUCCCCCACCCCGCAGAGCCUGAGGCACGCCGGGAUCGUGAACCUGGAGUGCAUGUUCGAGACGCCGGAGAAAGUCUUUGUGGUGAUGGAGAAGCUCCACGGAGACAUGCUGGAAAUGAUCCUGUCUUCGGAAAAGGGCCGGCUGCCCGAGAGACUCACCAAGUUCCUCAUCACGCAGGUAAGGAACAUGCCAGCUAGCCCUGGUGAUCAUCUAAUGGUUAUUGGAUGGAUUUCUCCCCCAAAUUGAUUUUUGAAUUCUAAAUAUUCACAUUUUAUACUGUAUUUUAAGCUGUUUUUUGUUGCACCAAUUAAGUGUUUUAAAUUGGCUGUUAGCCGCCCUGAGCCCUGUUUUCUGAACCAGGAAGGGCUGGGUAUAAAUAAAAUUUUAUUAUUAUUAUUAUUAUUAAACAUACACCUUCCAAAGCCAGAGAAGGUGCAAGUCAACCAGCGCCCACCAGGUGGCAGCAGAGACUUGCCUGAGGUUGCGCUUCCCCAACAAAUUUCGGGAUUCGGGAAAUCUUAAUAUUUGCUAGUGAUGCCUAAAGGGCAAAAGAGGAGCUUUCGCCUGGGUCUCUGAAAGCAGAAGGUGUGACCAGCCAGCAGCAAACAGAGAGCAAAUUUCGGCAAACUGGCCUUUGUCGGAAAUUUCAGACUACAACUCCCAUCAGCGUCAGAGCGGAUGGGAGUUGUAGUCCCAAAACAUCUGGCAGGCACCAGCGUCGGGAAGGCUGUUGUAACACAUUGCAGUGGGCAAGAGACCCCCGGGACCUCUGUGAUAAUUCAUGUCAUGCGAUCUGUGGGAAGCUGACGUGGGUAGAAUCCUGACCGGCCAGGAUUUCGUGGCUUUCUGCUCCUUGCCACCUUUUGCCACACCUGUUUCCAUCUUUUCCGCUCAGAUCCUGGUGGCUUUGCGGCAUCUGCAUUUCAAGAACAUCGUGCAUUGCGACCUGAAACCCGAGAACGUCCUCUUGGCUUCGGCUGAGCCGUUCCCUCAGGUAAGGCUUCCUGUUCUGCCGCCCCUCUUGCAUCUGAGAAAGAGCUGGAUGCAUCCCAAAUGGCGUUCGGGAUUUUAGAACGGAACCGCUCAAAACUGAGAGACCCAGGCAGUUCCUUGGUGGUUUUCUUAAAGAUUCGUUUAGGGCAGGGCUGGGUCGCCCAUGGACCUCCAGAUUUUUUUGCUGGAUUGCAACUCCCAUUAUUAUUAUUAUUAUUAUUAUUAUUAUUAUUAUUAUUUUGUGUGUGUAAUAGUUAUUUUUACCCUGACUUUUUUCCUGGCAGAGACUCAAGGUUGCUUACAGAUAAAAUAAAAAGGUAAAGGGACCCCUGACAGUUAAUUCUCCCAUGGCCUCCUCGCUGGCCCAAGUAGGACCAAUUCAGCCAGCUAGCCCUGGGGAUUAUCUAAUUUUUGAUUUUUGAAUUUAUUGUUAUUCAUGUUUUUAUACUGUAUUUUAUGCUGCUUUUAUAAUUAAGUGUUUUAAAGUGUUUUAAAUUUGUUGUUAGCUGGCCUGAGCCCGGUUUUUGAAUCGGGAAGGGCGGGGUAUAAAGAAAAUAUUAUUAUUAUUAUUAUUAUUAUUAUUAUUAUUAUUAUUAUGUCCAGUCGCGAACGACUCUGGGGUUGUGGCGUUCAUCUCGCAUUACUGGGUGAGGGAGCCGGCGUUUGUCUGCAGACAGCUUCCAGGUCAUGUGGCCAGCGUGACUAAGCCGCUUCUGGUGAAACCAGAGCAGCGCACGGAAAUGCUGUUUACAUACCCGCCAGAGCGGUACCUAUUUAUCUACUUGCACUUUGACAUUCUUUCGAACUGCUAGGUUGGCAGGAGCAGGGACCGAGCAACGGGAGCUCACCCCGUCACGGGGAUUCGAACUGCCGACCUUCCAAUCGGCAAGCCCUUGGCUCUGUGGUUUAGACCACAGCACUACCCGCGUCCCAACACAGAUAAAAUAGGAACAGCUAAAAACAUAGAAAAGACACCAACAAUCCUUUUUAAAAAAAAUAGCACAUGAAUAGAGUUAAAACUACAUAUAAAUCAAUGAAACUGAUUCACAGAUGGUAUUUAACUCUGAGUAGGCUUGCUAAGAUGUAUAAGAUUGAAUCAGAUAAGUGCUGGAGAUGCAAAGAAGAAGAAGAAGAAGAAGAAGAAGAAGAAUAAUAAUAAUAUUAAUAAUAACAAUAAUUUUUAUUUAUACCCCGCCCUCCCCAGCCAAGGCUGGGCUCAAGGCAGCUAACAGACAAUAAUAAAAACAAAUUGAAUGAAUACAACUUAAAAACAAAAUUAAAAUACAACAUUAAAAUAUUGAAACCUCAUUGCAGGAGGAGAAAGGAAAAGAAAAAAGAAAGAGGGGGAGGGAAUCAAAUUGGCUCCAAGCCAAAGGCCAGGCAGAACAACUCUGUCUUACAGGCCCUGUGGAAAGAAAUCAGAUCCUGCAGGGCCCUGGUCUCAUGAAACAGAGCGUUCCACCAGGCCGGAGCCAGUACUGAAAAGGCCCUGCUCUGGUUGAGGCUAAUCUAACUUCCUUAGGGCCCGGGACCUCUAGGGUGUUGCUAUUUAUGGACCUUGAGGCUCUCCGCGGGGCAUACCGGGAGAGGCGGUCCCGUAGGUACGAGGGUCCUAGGCCAUGAAGGGCUUUAAAGGUCAAAAGCAGCACCUUAAAUCUGACCCUGUACUCCAGCGGAAGCCAGUGCAGCUGGAAAAGCACUGGCUGAAUCUGCUCCCAUGGCAGAGACCCCGUGAGGAGCCUCGCUGCAGCAUUCUGCACCCGCUGGAGUUUCUGGGACAGCUUCAAGGGCAGCCCCACGUAGAGCGAAUUACAGUAGUCAAGCCUGGAGGUGACCGUCGCAUGGAUCGCUAUGGAGGGAACGUACUUUCAUAUGUGGUGGACUUGUAAAAGGCUAAAAGAGUAUUGGGAAAUGAUCCAUAAUGGAUUGGAAAAAAUGUACUUCUCCCCCCUCCCCCAAAGCCAGAGUCCGUUCUGUUGGGGAUAAUUCAGACUGAAAUUCCUAGGUGUCAAAAAAAGGUUAUUUAUGUAUGCUACUACUGCGGCCCAUGUUUUGUUAGCCCAAAAAUAGAAAAUGAGUGAGGUCCCCACUAAAGAGGAAUGUCAGCUUAAGUUGACAGAAUAUGCACAACUCGCAGACUUAAUAUAUAGAAUAAGAGAACAAAAAGAACAUACGUUUAAAGAAGACUGGAAAACAUUUAUUGAGUAUAUGGGAAAUAAUUGUGUAUAGCUGAAAACGCUGGGAGCAUUAAGAUAAAUUCGACAGUGUAAACAAGUUUUGGUGGAUGCAAUAAUGGAAUACUGAAUGGUAUCGUUUCUGUAAAAUCUGCAAGGAUUUAUGAUAUGUAAAAUGAACCGUGGAAAGAGAAGAAGGGAAGUCAUUUAUAUCUUAAGGAUGUAAAAUCAGUAUUUUAAAUUGUAAAACAAAAAAAUUGUAUAUAUAUAUAAAAAGAAUGUGAGCCACACAAAAAACCACUACAUAUAAAUAUAAAAGAGCUAUUAAAAACAUGCAGAUAAUUACAAUAGAAACCGCACAACACCAGCCUAUUCAUUAAAAGCCGUCAGUUCCCAAAAGCCCGUUGUGAUAAGAAAGUCUUCACCUGCUGACAAAAGGACAACAAGGAGGGAGCCAGUCUAACUCCUCUAUGGAGGGAGUUCCAAAGUCUGGGAGCAGCCACCGAGAAGGCCCUGCCAUUAUCCCGUUGUUGUUGUUGUUGUUGUUGAUGAUGUUGAUUAAAUUUGCAUACCGUCCUUCAUCCAAAGAUCGCAGGGCGGUUCACAGCAUAAAAAUAUACAGUGGUACCUCAGGUUACAGACUCCGCUAACCCAGAAAUAGUACCUCGGUUUAAUAACUUUGCUUCAGGAUAGGAACAGAAAUCGGGCUCCAGCGGCACGGCGGCAGCGGGAGGCCCCAUUAGCUAAAGUGGUGCUUCAGGUCAAGAACAAUUUCAGGUUAAGUACGGACCUCCGGAACGAAUUAAGUACUUAACCUGAGGUACCACUGUACAUCGGAAUGUAUUUUGCUGCGUCGCAUGGCGGCCUGUGGAUCGUAAGGUUCCUUGCUUUACAAUCCCGUAGGUGAAGCUGUGCGACUUUGGCUUUGCCCGCAUCAUUGGCGAGAAGUCCUUCCGCCGCUCGGUCGUGGGCACCCCGGCCUACCUGGCGCCUGAGGUCCUGCUGAACCAGGGCUACAACCGCUCUCUGGACAUGUGGUCGGUGGGAGUCAUCAUGUACGUCAGCCUCAGCGGCACCUUCCCGUUCAACGAAGACGAGGACAUUAACGACCAGAUCCAGAACGCCGCCUUUAUGUACCCGGCGAACCCCUGGCGCCAGAUCUCAGUUGGCGGUAACUAUCCAAAGGAGCUUGGUGGGAUGGGGAGAGUCUGCCCUCGGAAAUUGGCUGGCUUUCUGCUACAGCCAUACCUCAUGUUACGGACGCUUCAGGUUACGUGUUUUCGGGUUGCGGACCGCGGGAAACCCGGAAGUACUGGAAGGGGUUACUUCCGGGUUUCGCCGCUUGCGCAUGCGCAGAAUAAUAAUAAUAAUAAUAAUAAUAAUAAUAAUAAUAAUAAUUUAUUAUUUAUACCCCGCCCAUCUUGCUGGGCUUCCACAGCCACUCUGGGUGGCUUCCCAAAAAAAUUAAAAUACUGUACUACAUCAAACAUUAAAAGCUUCCCUAAACAGGGCUGCCUUCAGAUGUCUUCUAAAAGUCUGGUAGGUGUUGUUCUCUUUGACGUCUGGUGGGAGGGCGUUCCACAGGGCGGGUGCCACUACCGAGAAGGCCCUCUGCCUGGUUCCUUGUAACUUGGCUUCUUGCAGUGAGGGAACCGCCAGAAGGCGCUCGGAGCUGGACCUCAGUGUCCGGGUAGAAUGAUGGGGGUGGAGACGCUCCUUCAGGUAUACUGGGCUGAGGGUGUUUGGGGUUUUAAAGGUCAGCACCAACACUUUGAAUUGUGCUCGGAAACGUACUGGGAGCCAGUGUAGUCUUUCAAGACCGGUGUUAUGUGGUCUCGGCGGCUGCUCCCAGUCACCGGUCUAGCUGCCACAUUCUGGAUUAAUUGCAGUUUCCGGGUCACCUUCAAAGGUAGCCCCACGUAGAGCGCAUUGCAGUAGUCCAAGCGGGAGAUAACCAGAGCAUGCACCACUCUGGUGAGACAGUCUAUGGGCAGGUAGGGUCUCAGCCUGCGCACCAGAUGGAGCUGGGAGACAGACGCCCUCGACACAGAAUUGACCUGUGCCUCCAUGGACAGCUGUGAGUCCAAAAUGACUCCCAGGCUGCGCACCUGGUCCUUCAGGGGCACAGUUACCCCAUUCAGAAGCGCCAAAUCAUGCCAGCGCAGACACGGCGCUUCAGGAUGUGAACGCUGCAGGUUGCGGACGUGCCUCCGUCACGGAUUACGUCCGCAACCUGAGGUUCCACUGUACUUGGGAUUCCCUGAAGGGUCUUCUCAGGUUCUGAUAGCAUUUCCUUUCUCCCUUUCCUCCUGCCCAGCCAUUGAUCUGAUCAACAACCUCCUCCAGGUGAAGAUGAGGAAACGUUACAGCGUCGAUAAAUCGCUCAGCCACUCUUGGCUACAGGUAUGCAGAGAUGGCGGCUGGGUCCAAACUCACCGUGGACCCUGCUGGCUAGGGAUGAUGGGCUUUGUAGUCCUAGACAUCUGCAGGGCACCAUGGUAGCUGCAGUAUUUGAUUUCAGGGCCACCUGGUCUGACAUUCCUGCUGCUGCCAUUGCUCUGGUUCCUUGUGGUCCCAAUUGCGGGUUUCCCUUUGGGGAAUUUGAUUGGCCGCUGUGAAAACAGGAUGCUGAACUUAGAUGGUUCAUAGUCCUGAUCCAGCAGCCUCUCCUUACGUUCUUCGUCCUUCUUGCGUUCUUAAUGUGAAUUUCUCCUAAUAUGUUUUCCCAAAGCAAUUUUGCACUAACAGGAAGCAAUUCUGUCCGUUGCAUUUUUUCAGCGCACCUGUUAUACCAGGCUUCCUCAGCCUCGGCCCUCCAGAUGUUUUGAGACUACAGUUCCCAUCAUUGCUGACCACUCCUCCUGCUAGCUAGGGAUCAUGGGAGUUGUAGGCCAGAAACAUCUGGAGGGCCAAGGUUGAGGAAGCCUGUGUUACACAGUCAAACCUCGGUUGUCGAACAUCUUGGCUGCUGAAUGUUUCGGAAGCCGAACGCCGACAACCUGGAAGUAACUGCUUUGGUUUUUAAACGUUCUUCGGAACCCAAACAGCUUCCGAGGCGCAUUUUAUUGGCAAAACCUAUUGGUGUUUCACAACUUUUUGCAGGACCUUAGCCAGACCCAGCAGAGUAAACGCAAAGUUCACGAAAGCAAUUGGCAACUUGGCUGCAGACAGGAUGGACGAAGCAGGAACCAGGAACUUGUAGUUCGGUGUUUAUUAUAUACAGUGGACUAUUUGCAGGAACAGAACAGAACACGGAUCUUUGACUAGCUCUCACACGACUCACAACUCUCAACUCCUACGCUGACUCGUAUUAACACAGUUAGAAGGCCAUUAAUCAUUAUUCCCGUGAGAGAGCUUGACCUAUCAUGGAGCUGUCUCCAUGCCUCUGCAUCACCAGGCAGACUUACUCCUUCACAUUGCCUUGGCUGUCGGCCAAACCCUACUUGACUCUGUGUGUGUAGCUGCACGUAUGCAGAUUCCCAACACAUUUCUCUUUUUCCCCCAAUUAGAUUUGCUGCCCUCCCUUUGAUCCUCCCUUUUUUCAAACGUUUCAGAAGUCAAACGGACUUCCGGAACGGAUCACAUUCGAAAACCAAGGUUCUAUUAUUGUAACCCUGACUCGGUUGGAUUGCUGCAUUGCAAAAUUCAGAGCGGUGCAAAUUUCAACAGGUGGUUGCAAUAUUGUAGUUCCCGUCUCGUUUCAGGAAGCACGGAUUGAGCAAUUUGUCUCUAAAUAUCUCCCCAUCCUUCGGUGUAACCCAUGGCAGUGCACAGAGCAGGGGCGGCAGGAGUUUUUGGCCCUCCGGGCGUUGCUGAACUACAACUUCCAGCACCCAGCAAGCGUGGCCAACAGUCAAGGGUGUCGUGAGUCACAGUUCAGCAACAUCUGGAUGUUGGCUAUUUGCAGUUUAGUAGCGCUGCAGAGAGCUUGCUGGGGAGACCAUGCAUUAAAAAGGGACUCAAAAAUAACUUAAACAAGGUUUUAAUUACAAAAACAAAAACUCCUUUUACACUAAAUACAUCAACAAACAAACAUGACCCAACCACCAACCCAUCCCCCAGGGUAACUACACCCAAUUGCUGACAUAGCUUAAUCAAUACGACUGCAGCAUCUGCUAUGUUUCACAGCUGUAAAGCUGGGUCUUGUUAUUUUGCUCUGGCCCCUUAAAGACAUACAGAUCAGGUGGAACAAUGAUGAACCUUUACAUUUAAAGAAACCAUUCAACAUUUCCCCUGUGGUUCAUCAUUGUGGAACAAAAACAUCAAGCAUAUUUUGUACAUGUCUUUCAUGUGUAACCUUUGGAAGUGCUUUUGUAAAAAUGCCCGCAAUUUGAUUGUCACCUGGAACAUAUUGAAAUACAAUCAUUUCGUCAGCAAUUAGUUUCUUUACAAACUGUAAACGUAACCUUAAGACUCUAGUGCGCUGCGUAUUGGUCUCUGAACACAGGAUAGCAAGUCCGCUCUGGGAAUAACAGAAUGUCCAUGCUGUGAUGCAUCUUUUAACAAAAGCUUAACUGUUUCAUAUUUUACACUUGGUGAAUAACACAAAUCCUAAUCUUCGCCUGGAAUUUGUUGAAAACCCCUCGCAACUAAUCUUGCCUUGUACCUUACAACUUCAUUUUUGUCAUUCAUUUUAACUCUAUAAACCCAUUUUGAAUCAAUAAGUCUCAUAUCUGGGGUUUGUGGUACAAGAGACCAAGUGUUAUGCUCUUUUAAAGAAGCUAUCGCAGUAUCCACAGGCAUAGAGAGCAACCGACAAGCAUCCCCUUCAUUUCACAGAUUUACAUUUGAGCUUCUCCUCCUCUUCCUUCCCCUCCCAGGAUUAUCAAACUUGGCUGGACCUGCGGGAGCUGGAGAGCAGGAUGGGCGAGCGCUACAUCACCCACGAGAGCGACGACGCCCGGUGGGAACAGUUUGCAGCCGAGCACAGCGUGCCGUAUCCUGACCACUUGCGGGUCCGGCGGCUGCACGAGGAGGAGGAGGAGGACGAACAGCAGCGGGAGGUGGACAUGAAGGGCUUGACCGAGAGGGUCAGCGUGCUCUGAGCGCCUCCUGCUUACGGGAAGCUCAAAUGAAGGAUGGACAGGCACGCGGAAUCUCUCACAUGGCGUCGGCUCUGCCCCCUGGGGGCGGGGCCUUGUUCUGAAGGAGGCGGCAGCUCCCCCUGCUGGCAGUGCCAGGGAAGACGCUCUCAGAACUUUGCUCCACUUCACACCCCAAGUUCUCCGAUUCCCUUAUUUCGGGGGGCCAUCAUUGCGAGAGAUCAGAAGCUGCUGAAGUAGAGGGAAUGAACGUUGGGUGUCUUGGAACAGGCGGGGCGGGGGAAUGAACUGGGCAUUGUUCAGGCGCCUAAGGAGGGCGUUGCAAUUCUUGACGCAGGAAUAAAUGUUGGGGAGCCCCAUCAAUAGAGGUUGUGGGGGUUGUUUAGGUUCUGAAAUCAUCUUGUUCUCCCGCCGUCAGGGGACUGGUUUCCAGUUUGGAACAGGAUUAUGUCUCUUGGGUCAGCCGCAAAACUGACUUUGAAUAUUCCAGGGGAGCAAAAAGACUACCUUCAUCCUCAGCUUUUAAAAGAGGUGGGCUCUGGAAAACCUCUCUCCAGCGACUUGCUCCCGAAACCUUGUUCUGCUUGGCAAACCUGGAAUAUUUUCUCUCUCCGCCCCCCCAUCCCCCGGUCUCUGCUCCCCUCCCCGCCCCCAAAACAUCCCGCCCGCUCCAUUCCUGUUUAAAAACUUGCCGCCUGAAGCAACCCAGAAGGAAACAAGACUAGUCCCUUGUGCACGAGAGAGAGACAAAGCCGACUUUUCUUCUUCCAGCCCCAGAGUUAACGGCCGGCCUUCACGACGGACAUCUUGGCACCCAAGACUUUUGCAGCGGCCAGAGGCGAUUCAUUGAAAGGCGGGAAAUCGCAAGAGGUGGUUUCCAGCCUCUCUCUCACUCCUUAAAGGGGUGUGUGUCUGUGUAGCCCUGGUGUCUGCCUCUCCUGAAAUGACAGCUGUCUUUUGCGAGGCUCAAGUGAAGCCACGGAUUAAAAACCUGAUUUAGUUUCCGGGGGUUUUGAAAGAGGGGAGGGAGACAUCUACAGAGCAGGAGCGAUUGAAGUUUCCGCCUUCAGAUGACCCUGUCCACAUGUUGUGUGUCUUUGCCGCAGACAAAAGUCAGCCUAGAUUAUUGUGGUGUCUUCACACACACACACACACACACACACACACUUCCCAACUGGGACAAAGUCCUUGCCUGCCCAAUAUUGACAGGUCUGGAGCCACAUCCGACUCCCCAGCCCCUUGCGAUUGGCUGCCUUCCUCCCCCGGCAGAGGACAUCGUGUGUCUCCUGGACUAUUCUCCUGGGUUUUCCGGCAAAAACAAGGCGCCUCGUUCUAGAUCUGCAAGGAUAUCAGUCCUGCCUUAGCUCUGGACUCCCUUAACCUGGGCAGCUGCAACGCCUUGAAUGUCUCGUUUGGGGGGAAACGGGGUGGGAACCACCAAAUGUUGUAUUGUAAAUAAAAAUGCACCUGAAGCACAGCUUCAAACCAAA